AUGGCUCUAGGACAGGAUAUGACUCCUUCUGUUCUAAUUGGUCGGCAGAGUGCCUUUUUCAAAGGCGGCAUCCUGCAUUUCUCCUCACUUAAGGCAAGGCAAUAGGGGGUAUUUAUUAACAACCUGUCUUCUCCACAAAGAAGAGGGCAAUUCAAUGCAACCAUUUAAUCUGCAACAGUAAACAGCUCUUCUUCAGUUGCAUGGAAAGACAUGUAUAGAUAGACCUGAAUUUAGCUCCACUGAUUCCAGUGUGACAGACAUAACUAGUGCCCACUGGAUCAUGGCAUUUGCUGAUUUAGAUUUCUUGUAAUGUUAGGGCAACAGCUCAUGGGCACAAACCACUUUGCAAAAGCAAUUCUACUUUCGCCUAACAAAACAGUUAAGAAAGCAUGUAUUAUUUUAAAGGUGAAAGCAUAAUGGGCACUUCCAGAUGGCUCUGUCUGCAAUCCACACCUAUGGAGAUUCAUAUAGAAUAAGGAAAUCAAGUAAUCGGCUUAUAUGGAAGGAAGACCAUUAGUCCAUCCAGCUCCAUGCUACCUAUACUGACUUAGUGGCUCUCUAAGAUUCCAGAGGGGACACGGGUGGCGCUGUGGGUUAAACCACAGAGCCUAGGACUCGCUGAUCAGAAGGCCGGUGGUUCAAAUCCCCGAGACAGGGUGAGCUCCCUUUGCUCUGUCCCUGCUCCUGCUAACCUAGCAGUUUGAAAGCACGUCAGAGUGCAAGUAGAUAAAUAGGUACCGCUCUGGCGGAAAGGUAAAUGGCAUUUCUGUGCACUGCUCUGGUUCGCCAGAAGCGGCUUUAGUCAUGCUGGCCACAUGACCCAGAAGCUGUACGCCGGCUCCCUCGGCCAAUAAAGUGAGAUGAGCGCCGCAACCCCAGAGUUGGCUACAGCUGGACCUAAUGGUCAGGGGUCCCUUUACCUUUAAGGUUCCAGAAAAGAAUCUUUCUGUACCCUACCUUGGACCAAUCUGGGCUGUGAGUCCUGGAAGACCUGCUGCCUGCCUUGCAGGCCUUUUUCCACCUGGCCUGGGAGGGCAGGGCCCUGACUGACUCCAGCUGCAAAAGCUGAGGCUACUGAGGAAGUCAGAGACCACCUUGGCUGUCUCUUAGUGCAGACCCAGGUCAUCGAGCCUGAGCUUCCACAGCUGCAGCCUGCCAUGAGCCAUCAUGGGCAGGACUGGCAGCAACAGCACCAGAUAUAUUCUGUGCUUAUGGUGAUAUUAUUCUAAUUUAUUCUAAUUAUGCUGUUUUAAAUGUGCACUUCAUAUUUGAGCUCCAGUAGUAAUGUUUUCUUUUCUUUUGAAUUUUUUUUGCUAAGUUUGCUGUGUUAAAUGUGCAUUCUGUAGUUGACCUCCUUUGUAAUGUUUUAUUUUGAUAUCUUUAAAAUAAAAUUUUAAGUUUCCUGUGAAUUAUGUUGCUUUGAAUGCAUACUUUAUACAGGUAUUUGACUUUCUUCAGCAAUGUUUUAUUCUGGAUUGUUUUAUUUGAUAUUUUAAUGUAGGUUGUAAACCGCUUUGAGGUUUUUUUCUUGAAAAUAUAAAGUGGUAUAGAGAUGAAAUAAUAAUAAUAAUUUAAUAAUAGUAUCUGGGUGUUGAUCUUGGGACGUUUUACGUGCAAAAUGUAUGCUGCUAUAAAUGUCAUUGUAGUAAAGGGAUUACACAUGUGGAAGGGAAACAAGAAAGACAAUUUAUUAAAUUCUAUAUUAUUACAUUACAGCACAAAACAACAACUACUGUAAUAUACCAUAAUUCUCCAUAAGUCAGAGCCCAUUUCAUCAAAUGGAUGUCCUUCCUUUUCAGAUUUGUAUCUGUUUGUAGGAUGGCAGGCAGGGAGGGAGGGGCUAUUAUUUCAAAGUGAAGCUAAAAGGCAUAACUACGCAAGAGUUAACUGUGUCACAUUGCUGUGCGAAGCCCUGUUUGCCAAGCUGAAUUCAAUGCAUACCCACAAUUCAAUGCAUUGCCACAAUUUGUUCCCUCAGGCUAAAGCCCUUGUCCUUAAAAAAUCUAAGUUCAUUAACACAUUAGGCAAGCUUCCAAGUGGUCCAUAUUUUUAUGAUAACCUAUAAAUAACUGCAUUUGGAAAUUAACAAAAACUAUUCAAAACACAGCUGUAGGUGACUUUUCUAUACUUACCUUUGAAAACAUUAAGUCCUUCGAGUCAAUCAAUUGAAAUUUCCAAGGUGUAACAAAACACUUUUUUGAGGGGGGAGGCUUAAAUUUGGGAAGGAUUGGUGACCUUCUCCCACCAUGCAGUUGCCCUGACCUAGGAUAACCUUUCGAAGAACAUUCCUAUGGUGCAAAAACCUCAGUCAGCUGGAAGUCUUUGCAUACAGACCACUUUGUUGUAACUGGGGGUAGCUCAACACCCAAACCGACUCCAUAGGAAUGUAAUCCCUGCAACAAACUCUGUUUUUGCCUUGUGUGGCUAGAUUCCACCAAGGUAAGUGUUUACUGCAUUCCACACACACCCUUUUGCUUAGUGAAUAUUCAAGAGGUACAGACUCCCCACACUACCCCAAAUAAAUCCUACCGUUUAUUUACUUACAUUUCACAUUCUGACCAAAAACAGAAAUCUAGGUGACUGAUUUAAUAAGGGGCAACAAAGGCAGAGUGUUUUCUAUUGUGGUUCUGGAUCGUGCUCUCAAGAUGGCUCUGCCUAGUCCCAUUUUUAUCUGUCUUUCGGCAGGAAGUGAAAACUUUUAUUUCAAUGGGCUCUUUAUAUUGACAAGAUUUAAGACAUAUUUGCUUUUUAUCUUGCUGCUCAUAGUAUUUGACUUGUUUUUACUGCCGUUUUCAACAGAAUCCAGUCAGCUGCUUACUUUGAUAAUCUUUUAGAAGAGCAGGGUCCAUGCGACUGGAAAUCCAUAAUGGUAUCAACAAAGUGAGCACAACUAUCAAAACCGAUCACAUAGGAAAGGAGCUGCUUUGGCUCACUCAAUGGGCUCGAUCUACUCUAGAGGAAUAUUUCCCAGUGGAUGAGCUGCUGGACCAGACCAAAAGCCUGUCUAGCCCAGUUCCCUGUGGGAGUGACAUCAGCUGAUUGACAGGUGGACAUUGUUUCAGGAAAAUGGCCUUGUGAACCCAACUGGACCCCAUGGCAGGUGAAAAUAGGCACGUGGACCAGAGGCUCUCUACCCCUGGCCUAGAACUUCAUAUUUUAUCUUCACUAUUUGACUCUUCUCAUUAAUCAAGUGGGCAUCCUCUUGGCCCUAGUGGUACCUUUCUUGACAUGUGGUAUACCAUCUAGCUGAGCUUCUAAUAUUGUGGUUUUAAGCAACCCCCAAGUGUUUUGCAGAUGUGGCCUUUGUGGCUUUCCCUUUCAACUUCCUUUUUACCAAUUCCCUCAUUUUUGGGAAGUUUCCUCUUUUGAAGUCAAAUGUGACCGUGUUGGGAUUCUGUGCAGGGUUUGGAAUUGUCCGUUUACAUAUAUAUUGAAUUUUGAAAUAUAUUGAAUUUUAUAGCACUAUGGUCUUUGUUCCCAGUCACUUCAACAACCCUUACAUCUCAUACCAGGUCCUAGGCACCAACUUAAAAUCAAGUCUCUUGCAGCAAAAACAAUGCACCUGCUGCCUGAAGAAACUGCUUCACUCUGCUUAAUAGUAGGUCCGGCCCUGGGACCACUCAACAUAUUUAUAUAUUUCAGGGAAACUCAGGCCCCUUUUCCACAUAUGCCCAGUCAUGUAGGAGGUGCUUCCCCAUGGUGUAAACUGAAAUUGCUGGGAAAUGUGUGUCAAUGCUCCAGCCUUACAGGUGGAAACAACCUGAUGGGCAAAUUGUAAAGCAAGCACAACCCAGUAGGAAUUACUCCUAAACUACUUUGGUGGUAUUUAAGGGUGCAAAUAUUAAUGGGACACAGUUCAAUUGGAAGAAGCACUUUAGUGUUCUCGGCCUUACUGAUUUGGACCACUGUGCUCAUGAACAGGAAUUUUUAGAAUGGGAGCCCUACAGUGUAAGUCAACACUCAUAUUAUCAUCCUGAAGGACUCCGCUGUAUGAUUCUGUUUAACAAAACAAGGACUACCAGUACCCAAUCUUGUGUCAUACAAGAUUGAUUAUUACUAUUAUUAUUACUUUACUCAGUUCCAGGUACUGUUUAUUAUGCACUCUUGAUUCCAAAACAUCUUUGUUUCCUCUUAUGCAUUGGUGCCUCAAAGUAGCCUGAUUGUUUUUUACAUCUACAUGUUGAAUUCAAUGAAACAAGAGAACUGAAACAAAAUUAAGGGGGCGGGAUGGAAGAUCUGUUCCUUUACAACACAGCAAAAUUCCUGCAUGCCGUGAUGCCUUUUCAGUGCAAUCAUAUCUGCCUCUUGCAGGGCUGUAGCCAUCUCCAAGGCCAGAGCAAAGGGUUAAGAGAUCUUAAGGACCACCCAUCUAUCUAUUGCAUUUAUAUUUCACCCAUUUCUCAAGAAGCUCAAGGUGGUGCACAUGGUUCUUCUCCCUCCUUAUUUCACAACAACUCUGUGAGGUAGGUUAGGCUGAGAGGCAGUGACUGGCUCAGGGUCACCCAGUGAGCUUCAUGGUCUAGUGGGGAUUUCACUCUUGGUCUCUUGACUCCUAGGCCAACAUCCUAACCAUUACAUCAGACCACAUGCAGGACACGAGGGAAAUAACUCUCUCUCACUAAUAUUCCUCAGCUGCUGGUAUUCAGACACAGGCUCUCUCUGAUCCUGGAGUUACCAUACACCUAGAGGUUUUGGUGAUUAAGUGGUAUGUAAAUUCUAUUAAAUAAGAAUCAUUCUAUCAAAAAUAAACAAAGUCCUUCAUUCACUUGUCUACCAUUUGAAAGCUGUCUAGGUAAGCCUCUGAUCACAGUGUAAUGUUCAGGGGAGUUUGCUACAACCCCCUGAUCAUUUCGGCUGUCGUUUUCUUCAUCUUUCAGCAAGAUUGAAAUCCUAAUGAUUUGAUCUCGACUGCUUUCUUUCCAACCAUAUCCAUCACCUAAACAGAGAUGAUUUCUGAUUUGUCUGGUUACAUCGUUUAUUUAUUUUUGAUGGUUGCUCAGUGUCCAGAUUAUUGUGGGGGGCAGGGGAGAAUGAAGCUAAUACCAUUGACAAGAUCCAAUCCCUGGUUCACUCCUGCUUUAGCCAAUUUAUCACUCUCAUUCACACACACAACCUUCUAAAAACAGUAGUUAAGGCAGCUGAUAUAAAGGUUAAGGGGAUUCUGUGGAAAAUACAUCUCCCUUAAUCCAAGCGCUGGGACCAUCCCUUUGUAAAGAGCUGAAGUGGAGUUUUUCAAGCAAAGGCCUGCAACCUUUUAUUAUUGUAAUCUCAGGAGAAGUGCAUCUACUCCUCAGCAUUCUGUGAUCUAUCAGAAAAUUCAGCUUUCUUUGUUUGACUUUGUGUUUAUUGUGGUAACUUUGCACUUUCAUUUUUCUGAAGAAGGCUGCUUCCCUAUUUUUGUGUUCCACAUUUGCAUCUGUGGCAGACUGCAUCUCUCUGUCCUUCCCAUUUUGUCACACUCACAUACUGGCAAAGUCUUCUAAGUAAAGGUACAUGGCACUGAUCCCCCCCCCCCCUUAUUGGUCUGAUCUCAACAAAAUUACCAGAUGUCCCUUACAUCACUGAGUGAGGAUGAAAGGGCUGAUAUAGGGGGGUGAUCUCAAACAAUGAUUCAUUUGAACUGAUGUCAAGUCCAUGCCUGCACACCCUCUUCCCUGGAAGCUGUCAUCCCAGAUGUGUGUGGACUGUAGUUACGUGAUGCAUCUAGCAAAGCUUCUGCCUGUUGGUAGGGAUGCGGCCUCUGAAGGAUAUUUCCCCAUCUUUAGUGGGAAUGCUCUUGGGUUUCAUUACUUUGGUCUCAAGUAUGUCAUGAAACAUCUAAAAUAAUUCUAUCACCUGUUCAGGCUUCCUCACAACUGUCAUUAUUGAAGUCUUGAUAACAGGAAAGUGUGUUGCUCUGAAGAACUUUUGACAUGGAUGCUAGCUGCUGCUAGGAUUCCAAUAAGCCAGCAAUGGAAAACUUUGAAAAAUUGACAUUUAUCUUUGUGGCAUAAAAACUUAUGAACUUUAGUUAUUGGAGGGAAAAAGAACACAUAAAUUUCAGGUCUCCAGAGGGAUAGAGGACCCAGAAUGCUUCAGUGUUAUCUGGUAGGAUUUUAUUUCUUAUGCUUCAGAUUCCAAUGCCCAACAAUCAUCCAUGCCAGCUCAAGAAAUAUAUAUUGGUGUGCUACUAUGGCAUGAUGUAAUAGCCCGCUACUGUACUUUUGGGCUGUCAGUAAUGGUCAUUAUGCUUCAAUAAUUUUUUUUAUAUAAAAAAAUAUGAAUAUUUGGUUGGGCACAUGAACGGCAAUUAAAAAAUAAACAAAUCACAUGCUGCAGGACUGAGCCAUGGUAUUGAAAAUAGGAACCAAGGUUGGGAUUGAUAUAAGAAAAAAAACCUGCUCCUUUUUCCUUAUGGGGUACCCAAGAGCCCAUAUAGAGUCCUUUUGUAGGUUCUCUAUCGGUAGGAGAAAAUAACAGAGACCAACCAGAGAAUAUUGAGAAGCAAAGCAGCUAGCAAACCUGAUUUUUAUUGAAACUGUUGCAACAGGGUGCUCCCCCACACGCAGGAGACAGGAGGACCCAGAGCAAAGGUGUGACCACCCUUACAUAGAUAUUUUAAAUUGCCCGCCCUGGAGUCCAAGACCACCCCCAGAAACAUCAUACAUACAUCAGAGAAGCGGUGUAGCCCAAGUCCACCCCCCGAUACAUCGUCCCUACAUCACAGAAAAGGCGGUCUACAACAGAAAUCUGAGUGCAUUAUCUCCUGUCUGGCAAGUUACCUAAUUGCAUUAUCUGGGUUUUGGGCACUCUUUUGUUAUUAUAACUACUUAAUUCCUGAAUCUAGGUCACAGGUCACAGGCUCACACCCUGUUCGUAUUUUGAAUGUGCCCUUAAGACAGGAUUUGUGAGGAAAGACAAUGGGGAAGUUUUCCACUUUGACCUUGCAGAGAAAUUGAGGUCAAUUUGUUCAGGACCUAAUCUGUGGGGUUUCAGGCAUGUGGUUUAUAUAUACAGUUAUGAACAUUUAAUUUUUUUAUAUAUGACCUUAAAAUUCUUAGAACAGGAUCAUCUCAAAUUAAGUAUUGUGGUUUCAAGUGACUUAUUUGUAAGACUUUAAAAUAGAUUUAUUAUUUGUGAUUUCUCUGUCCUCCAAUGAACAAGUUUCAAUCCCACAAUAACCCUGCGAGGUAAAAUAAGUGAAGAGAGAGUGACUUGCCCACCAAGGUCUUACAAUAGGUAAAAAGGAACUAGCAUGCAAGAAACAUAAUUAGAGAACUGUUGGAUCAGACCAAAGGCCCAUCUAGUGCAGUUUCCUGUUCUCAUAGCAGCCAACCCUACGCCCGUAGGAUGCCAGCUACGGCAUGAGCACAACUGCAUUCCCCCUACUUGCGCAACUGGUCUUUAGAGGCCUCCAACGCGGGUGAAACAUAGCCAUCAUGGCGAGUUGUUGAUAGCCUUAUCCUCCAGUUAUUUGUCUAAACCACCCAAGUUGGUGGCCAUCCAGUUUCCUUCAACUAUACACCUCAACUCACUACUAUUGGACAUACACUUUAGACCACCGGUUCUUAACAUGGGGGGUUGGGUAGAAGUCACAUGCCCCUUUGAGAAUCAGAUGAAAGCUAUAGAUCCUCUCCCCGGAAAAAAAUGCACUUAAAGCACAUACACAUUUUGCAUACAAUUCAUUUUAUUGCAUUGGAAUUAUCUGUGGAAUGCUCUCCCUAGAGAAGCUCGCCUGGAGCCAUCAUUAUAUGUACUGGUAUUUAGGUGCCAGGCAAAAACAUUCUUUAUCCAGACCUUUGGUCAUUAAACCAUCUAUGGCAAUGGUUUCCAACUGGUGGUCCGCAGACCCCAGGAUGUCCACGUAACCCACCCAGGGGAUCCAUGGCACCAUUCAAAUAACUAAACUACCUUAGAGAUAAUAUUUUCAAAAGUGUGGGGCCCAUGGCUUGGCUUUUAAAAAUCAGGGUCUGCAGUACGUAGCUAAUUGGGAAUCACUGGUCUAUGGCAUUUAAAAUAUGUGUGUGGGGGGGAUGUUAUUAAGAUUCCCCCCCCCCGUUAUUGUUUUAUUGUCUUUUAUUAUUAUGCAAUUCAAAUUCUGUUUUUGAUGUUGUACACCGCCCUGGGAUCUUCGGAUAAAGGGCGGUAUAUAAUUUUAAUAAUAAUAAUUGGAGCGGGUUCACUGAAGCCCACUCAGACCCACAGCCCACACACUUCGGUGCUUCAAGCCUACACCCCCCACCGAAGCAAGGAAGGCGGCGAACACGUGUUUGAGAGCGGGCGCGCGCCCGGCGCAACCAAUGGGGGAGCUGCGUUGGGGCGGCCGCUCCGCACUGAGGCAACCGACGCCCGGCGGCAAACCGGGAUUUUGCGACCGUUUGCGAAAUGGCGCCCUCUUCUUCUUCUGUUUACCCCGCUCCCCCUUCUCUCUAAACUGGGAUUGGGAAGUUGAGGGGGGGGGGAGGCAGAAACCUUCGCGUUGUAGAGCAUGGGGAGUCGAAAUUAUAGCGUUGGUGCGCCUCCUCACAGCCUGAGGAGGGGGAAAGAGGGCGGGAGGGAGAGAGGAAGCCCCCUUCUGCAGCGCCCUCACAACGGCAGUCUCGACGGUUAACCUGCCACCCCCCCCCCCCAUUUUCCUGUCGAGCGCGCGCGCGCCGUUUCUCCUUUUCUCUCACCCGCCGGGGGGUGCGGGUGGAGAGGGGGGGGGAAUAGGAGUAGGGGGGGAAUAAAGGCGCGACUUUCCCGCCUCCUUGGCACACGCCCGGAGCUGCUGGCUCUCUUUCCCGGCCAGGCAGCUGCUCCCACCUCCUCCUCCUCCCCGCGCCUGUGGCGGCCCUUCCCCGCCUCGCGCAGCCCUCCGGGCCGCCUGCCAGCCGAGCCUCCCCUCCUCCCUCUCCCCGCCCGCCCCCCCGUGUGUGUCGAAAGAGACUGACGGAAAGAUGGCCCCUCCUUCCCGCUCCCCCCUCCUCCCUCUCCCCGCCUCCCCCGCCAAAGACGAGGCCGAGCUGGUGUUUUUCCACUCAGCAGGAUGGGUGAUGCUCGGCGCUCGCUCAUUAGACAACAGACACGAGAGGUCAGGAAGAAAGCGCUUAUAAAUUACCGUUUCCUCCCUCGCAGCCCUGUUAGUCCGCCUUGGCACUCUCCCCGGGACACACGGGACAGACCCACGGGCAGCUAAGGCGCUGGACAGAUACCUGGUCAGAGGGGUGCCGCUGCUACAGGUACCCGAGGCUCCUUUUCCGAGGGAUUUUUUUGAUAUAGAUAUAUAUUAUUACAUAUAUAUUGGGAGAGCAAAGGCACACAGGGAAGGACCUAAGCCCAGCCUUCGCGGCUCUGCUUUCUCUCUGUCGGUGGCUCCCUUUUCUCCCUUUCUUCCUCGCUCUCCUUCCCUCUCUUUUCCGCUCUCCCUCGUAGCGUUUAGGAACAAAGGGAGUCGGAGGCAUAUGGAUCGCCUCUUGUCAUUUACUGGAAAACGGGGAGCUACUCUGAAGAAAAGAAACGCUUCUUCCUCUUUCUAAGGGGCAUCCCUCAGCCAAGGUGGGAAGCAAGAAAUCCUGGCAUCAGGGGGUCGGGGAUUUUUUUGGCCAGGUUUCACCGUAGGCUGAGAAGCCCACCCACCCUCCUACCUUCCCUUAUCCGACCCCCUAUCCCUUUCCCCCUUCCUUAGAGAUUUGUAUUAGUCCUUUGCUAUUUACUUUUAGGAUGCAUUGCUUCUGUGCUUUUUUUUGAGAGCGAACGAGUGAGCGAGCGCAUGGCGGUUUUCCUUUUGUCUGGUGUCCCCCCCCCCUUUAAAACGUGCAUGCAUGUGCACCUUUCUGAUUUGGCUGUAUGGGAUCUCUCAGCAGUUACCGCUUUUCCCCGCCGUCGCCCUCCGACACCUUGUGUUAACUUUUAAAUAACAGAUAGCAGCGAAGUGGAAUUGGCUGCUGGUGCGGCUAACGCUUUCCUCCUGGUUUUAGUGCGUUUUCUUCCUUUGUAUGUGUGGUGAGCAUGUGCUUGGCCCUCCUCACUCCCUUCCUCUUCUGUGCGGUGUGCGAUUAAAUUGUAUUUAAACAGCGCUGUUCUCUGCUACUAAAAAUCUACCAGAAAAGGCAAGCGCUAGCAUUGCUACACGGUUGGUGUUAGUACUGUACAUCUUUAACUGGACUGCAGUUGCCCUCUUGUGCACUCGUUCAUUCAUUUUCUUUGGGUUUGGAGUGGUGAAAGGAAAGGGAUUGUGAUACUCUUAGAAAGUUUGCUGGCAAGAACCGAAUCUCCAGCACACUUCAGUGUCAAUAAAGUGAUUCUGGAUUUCCACCGCUGUUCCUGGGAUCAGAAGGCAGCACUAAGGUGAUGAAUAUUCAUCUCUGUGUGUGAUCAUUUAACAAAAGGGAAGGAUACAGACUUUUGAGGCAGCACCAUCUAAAUUUCCAUAUAAGAGCAUGAGGAGGAAGGCACUUUGCAUACUGUUAAGGAUCAGCAGAUGGCCAAUUGAGGAUAUGCUUCUCUUUUUAUACUGUUUUGUUUAGAGGAGAACAAAGUGUUCAUUACCUAUACAACCUACGUUUUACCAAGGUGAAUGUCUGAACUAGACAUUCUUAUUACUGCUGCUGCCUAAUGCUGAACGCUUUUGGGAGAAAAUACUAUUAUCUUUAAUACAGACCUUAUUUCUAAGUAUGCAUUCUUUAAGCUUACUGUCUUUAGUGUUCUAAAAAUAAGUAAUAUAUACUGUACUGUGAAAUGAAGAGCCAGGUGUGAUGGUGAAGAAACAGAGCUGCCUGUUUUGAAAUCUUGAACGUCCUUGUAGCUCUUCCCAAUGUGGAUAUAGAGCUUUGCUUAUUCUUUUUAAAAAAACAUUCAUAGUGACUAAUUUUUAACCGUAUCAGGAAAGGCAUUAAGAAAGUGUGCCAAGAAAAAGUCAGUUGUGCUUAAUGGGCUCUUUUGGUAUCCACUGUACUUUCUUGUUCCUCUGUGUUAAAGACUGUCUUAAGGGUUGGGCUGAAAGAACCAAAUAGGUUAUUUGUCAUGUUAACAGGCUAUGCAAUUCGGAGUUGCUGCUGGCUAAGAUUUUGGAAUCUCUUAUUUUUUAAAAUGAUAUUUUGUUUUUAGUGAAUGAGCUUAUUAAAAAUGUGGGGUUAUUCAUACACAGUGUUUGAGGGGAGGGAAAUAUAGCCCAGUCUAGGCCAGACCUCUGUGUCCUUGGCAAAUGAUUUUGUAUGUCUAGAUUUAUAUUUGAGUAAAUAAAAACAAUCUCUGCAGCAUCAUUUGACUUUGGAAUGUGGUGGGAAUAUUUUCCUGGAAGACAUUGCUUGGAAACUGAUCUUUUACAGUAGGGAUGGAUUUUACUUUGUACCGGAGAUGAGCUAGUCAUCUACUGUAAUAACAAUAUCAUUUGCUUAAGGCAAAUGCUGAAGGUGAACGUACUGUUCAGAGGGGGAAAUUAUAUGUUUGCUGUGGUGGUCUGUUUCCCUCUGCUUUCAAUUUUACCUCUUUCUCCUUUAAUCUUCCCAAUAUUGAUCUCUCUUCUUUUUUAAAUCUGUCACUCCCUUUUGCUUUUCACGCCUCCCUCUGCCCUCCAGUCACCUUCUACCCUCUCCCGCAAGGUCUUUCAUUUUCCUUUCCCACUUUCCUCUGCUCUAAUCUCCUUAUAGCACUGGCACCCAAGAAUGACAUAACCUUUGGCAGCCUGCAAAAGCAAGUGUGGCAAAUAACAUCCCAUCCUGUAGGGGGCAGUAUGUGAGAUUGAACCAGCAAAGACAUUGUUACAGAAUGGUAAUGGGUGGGGGGAAUAGGUUGUUGCUUUCCCCCCUAGGCUAUAUCAUGGAUGUGCUCCAGUAUGCAAACUUAGACAGAAUUAUAUUCAGAAAUCUCUUAAUUGCAUUGGAUAGAACUGUGUAAUUCCAGGAUGAGGCCUAUAGAAUAUUAGAGCAUUAGUAAGUGAACAAAUGGCCGGAAGUCUUGGUCUUUGAGCUGAUCAUAAAAUGAGCAGCUUUGGUUAAAGAGAUAUAAGCAGGAGAUUUUGGUGUAAAGCUGAAGCAACUCUCCGAAGGCUAAUUUACAGUGGAGUAACUGAGUGCAAUGUGAUGAUAUCAUUUAGGUAUUGUUUUUUUGCCAUGAUGGAAUAAAAUAUCAUUAGAAUUUCUUCUGUUCCUCUUUUCUUAUGGGAAGGGGAGAAUGGACUGAGACAUAAGAGUCUGAUAACUGAUUAAUGGGGGAAAUGAAGAAAUGCCUGAUGAGAAUACUAAAAAUAGGUGAAUGGGGUAUAGACCUGUCAGAAUCAUGUUGCUUUAUUAGGGCUUGGGUGAACUAUAAGCCUCUCUCUCUCAGGGUUAUUUCAGCAAAGGUUUUCCAGUCCCACAGUGACUUCUCAAAUAUGGCCCACAGGGUACUGAGGGCAAAACUACGCAUGACUUUGGAGCUGUGUGAUUGGAACUUUUAAUGUUUUAUUUUCUAAUGUAAUGUAACUGAAGUGAGGCUGCCAAUUGGAUUGGUCAAGCAGCACUUGGGAAGUCUAUUCACCCCUUUUCCUACUGCACCAUACUUCAGUCAAAAGCACACAUCCUGUGCUGUUGUUUGCUCUGUGGUGGGAAAUAAGGGCAUUAUAAAAUGUAGUAUUGUGAGUGAUGUGGUUUUGUGCUUUGUUUUUUGGUGCAGUUUUUAGUUUGAUCAUUUGUUUUAAUUAUUGGAUUAUUGUUAUUUUUAUGUUUUGCAUUUCUGUUUGUGAAAGCCGGUUUGAGCACCUCCUUUUGUGGAGGGGGAAAGUGGGAUAUAUAUAGCCUUCAUUCUGCCUCCCAAGAUUUCUUGAGGCAUUUAAAACUGCUGUAUCUAGAAAAGUGUAACUAGAAGCCUUUUGUUGAGUAGAGCCUACAUGUUAGAAUGUCAGGAUAGGCAUUCAUGCUCAUAAGUGGGUGGCCAAAUUGUGGCAUGGUUGCACCUAGUGUCAGAGUUUGUGGCAUUUCUGGACAAUAGCCAGAGAGCUAUUGUUGUUUAGUCAUGUUCGACUCUUCGUGACCCCAUGGAUCAGAGCAUGCUAGGCACUCCUGUCUUCCGCUGCCUCCUGCAGUUUGGUCAAACUCAUGUUAGUAACUUCGAGAACACUGUCCAAUAGAGAACUAUUAGGUUUGACUAUAGAAAGGAGCCAAAAUCACCCCAAACUCAGGAAGUAGCCUAUGUCUUGAAAGGUAUGCUAGUGUUGCACUGUCUCACACUUUCUGCCUGACUUGUGGUGCUUUUGCCAUAAAGGUUGCCUGUCAGUGUUCUCAUUGAUCAUUACACUUGGGAAGGGGAAGGAUUUCCCCCACUUCCAGGCUGGUGAACGUGGUGGGAGGGAAGUGAUUUCCUUCCCUUGGAAUACAUGGAUUGGAUUACUUGUCUGAGCAGCAUCAUGUUGUGAAAAUGUUCUGUACUUGCUUGAAGGCAUCAUCACUGUUAUGUUUGCUGCUUCUCUGUGCAUGUGGCACAUCUUUUACAAAGUGAGGCCCAAUUAAGACACAGCAGUAGGGGUGCUGUUGAAAUGCAUCUGUGGAAUUGGGGCUCCACACAACUGUUUUAAUGUCUACAAUCAGCUCCCCACAUGUGUCAGUGGGAUUGUGUAGCCAUCCCUCAAGUCAGCAACAAACCUUUCUAAUAUCUGUAUCUAAAUUCUAUUUGUCAUAUCCACCAGAAUAAAAAAUACAUUUUUGUUUUCAGUGUGGUAGUGUAAAUGACUCUGUGAAGUAAUUGAUCUUCAAGAAAAUAAUGAUGUGGCAUAGACAGGCAUCAUAUUGCUAUUAUGCCCUGGGGAGGAAAGAGGUUAUGAAAUAUCCUGUGAUACAGAUCUGAGUUUAAUCUUGUAUAUAAUUUACUAAACCAUAAAUUCAGGACAUCUCAGUAGGACAAGACACUUUUCCAUUACACAGUGCUGAAAGUGGCUAGCGUUGUUUUGGUAAAUGUUUGUAAAUUAAUGUGAAAAGAAACUGUUCUAUGGAAAUGGUUCAAGAUGCUGCUAGUCUUUGAUAUCGUCUAAUGAUCACAUGACUUGAGUACUGAAGUAGUGAGAUAAGAUACUGUGCUUGACACAAAUGGUGAAAUGGUGGUGGAAUGGUAGAGGGGAUGUGGAGCAUCUGGAUGUUCAGAUCCAAAUAUUUCAGAAUCCUGUUGCAUAUGGUAAGAAUGGUUGGAGAGAAAGGAAGGAACCUUGUUGUUCUUGCUCUUGAAAGAAUGUUAUAUGUUGUUUAUUAUAUAGCAUGUGAUAGCCCAAAACAAGCCUACACUAGUACUUAUCUUCCCCAUAUAGAAUGCCCCUCUUUCUACCCUGCUACCAUAGAAAAGACACACACACACACAAACAAAUAUAUAAAGAGAGACAGGACAGAAGAAGGAGAGGAGGGAAUAUGAAGGCAAGUUAAGUUGUGGGAGAAGACGAUAGGAGUCAAAAGGACCACUAAAGUAUUUUUUAAUCAAUAAACUGAAAGUAGUUACAGGAUUGUGAAAACAAGGUCAUGUAAAGCCAUCUGCAUCCUGCAAAUGUCACGUGUAGUAUGAUGAUAAGCAUAUAAGCACUAACGUUUCUGUAAACAUAUGCUUGGUUCUCCCCACUCCCCUUCCUUCCUUUGAACCAUUUCAGUGGAGGUGGCAAGGGGUGGGGAUUGGGAAGGCAAGAGAUUUGGGGAGCGGGACUAGUGUCCUGAGAAGGAGUCCCUCCUUCUGCUCAAACCUCCUCCUGAACAACUUCUCUUCAGAAAACUGAGCGGGGGAAGGCUAAAGACUUCUUGGGGAACUUGUGAUCUUGAGCUGGGAGACAGCGCCACCUAAAUGCCCUAUUCCCCUAGUAACUAGGCAGGAGAGCAGGAAGUGUCCCUGCUUAAGGGGGAGGAACAGUUCUUUUGUGGCAUCAGCAGCCUGCCCUCAACUCAGAUUUCUUUGCACACCUAAGGAACGGAGGAGAGAAGCCUGAGACAAUGGCUGCUGAUGUCACAAGGGCAUUCUUUCCCCGCUACCCUCCCACCUGUAGCUAACAUUGGAACAGGGACAGGCUGCCCAGAGGAAGGUGAAGUAGGCAGAGACAUGAGGUAAGGAUAAAGUCGAGGCAGUGGGCAGAGGUAAAAGCUCCAGCUCCCUAGUGACUGAGGAGGAAAGGCCGAAGAAAGGAGCUAGAAAUCCGACACUGCUUGAUCCACUCAUUUAGCUUCAUUGUUUCAUAUUUUUGCCUAACAUUUAUCUACUUAGCCUGCCUCUGUUUCUUUCUAUAUGGUCUUUUUGUUCCCAUUGUUGUAAGUCUCAUCAACCAAUGAACAAGCAUCCUCAGCAUUUAUAACAGUUUUUAGAUGGGGGGGAAAUGAAAGCUGACUAUAGGGUGGGGGCCGUGAAAGUUCUAGCAAGGCAAAGCUAGCAAGGCAAAGCUACACAAAAGUGCCAUGGCAGCAGGAUGCUCCAGCUCUGCUAACCAGCUUCCUUUCCACCAGAUAUGUAAGUAUUCCUCAGUUAAGCAGGGCUUAAAGGCCAGAAGCAAAUAUCUACUACUGCACUGCUCUUAUUAAUAAUAUUUAUUGGUUGCUUUGCUCAUAGAAGUAACUCAAAGGACAAUUAGGUCUGUCUGCAGUACAAAAUACUUUGUAUGUAGCAGUAGUAAUAAUCACAAUUAUAUACUUCUGGGCACCCCCUCCUGGUGCAUUUCAGUUUUGUCCCAUUAUUUUCUACUUUUGCCUUCAAGCUCAAACAUGAUUCUAGCAGGGAUUGAUUAUUUUUUUCCUCGUGGCAAGUUAAAGCCUGUUCAUGUAUAGUUUAGGGCAGCCUUCUCUGUAUACUUCUUCCCUGUCUCUGCAUCCUUACAAAAUUAACUUUGCUUUGCUAGUGCAGCUGUGAAUGUGAGCUUGCUUUGUAGAUGCAGCUUGCCUCAAGACUUUUGCUUCAUAGAAGCACUGCAUGUGUGCCCUGUCCGUAACAAUACUCUUAACGUUUCAAGCAGAGGCUGUUGUCUAAUCCCAUAUAAAAGCACUUUCUGCUGUUAAGGUCUGCUUUACAAAUAGUCACUUUUCAAAAACAUAUACACCAGUGCCAAGGUCUCCAACUCAUAUGUGUAUGGUGUGAAACUUUCAUUUGCCAUUGUGUAAGAUGUGCAACUGUCCCAGUACUCAUAAGAGACAAUGCACAGGUAUGCCAGUCUCUUCAAUGGGCUGGGAGCCUUAUUGAACUUACUGGAGCUUGUUUAAAUCAUGUUAAAUCUAUUUGUUUUAAAUUACAGUGGUACUUAUAAAUGUCAAAUAUUUAAAAAUGAUUUCUUGAGGGGAAUGAAAUGUCUGAAAAACAGUGCCCUCUAUUCUCAUUCAAGAUGUGUCCUGUACUGUAUCUCUGAAUAAAUUGGGGUUUGAAUAUUAAUUAUAUUUUAUCAUUGACUUGUGACUUUCGUUUUAAGAGCAAGUUGGCUUGUUCAACCAGAGAAAGUAAUAAUACUGGUUUUUUUCAAUGCUGAAUUGAUUCUUUUAAAUUAUUAUUUAUAUCAUUAUUAUUUUUAAUUUUAUUGUUAUUACUAAUGCAACUACUUUUAGUUUUAACAAUAUCAUCAUCACCACCCCACCACCAUUAUCAUUUUAUUUAAUUACUGUUAAUUCAGAAAAUUAUUCCAGAUGUCGCAGAGGUUCAAGUUCUAAGAGCUUGCAGUAGCUUAGGCUUAAAAAUAUUUUCCACCUAAAGCAAGUUAUAGAAAGAUAAAAAUAACACCAAGAGCUACAAUGUUUCAAGGUCCACAGAAUGAGAAGCCCAGCUCUGUGGCUUUGUGAUAUACCAUUGUGUUCAAAUUGUUCUGAAUAUUUUCUGUUUUAUACACACUGCCAAGUUUAAUAGACCUGUUAAACUGUUGAAACUGAAUGUAGAAUAACUGCACAUUCCCACAUAUAUCCCCUUGCCUAGCAGAAACAAAGUGUAUUUUUAAUGGACAAGUAGCUUCUAGCCCCCUGUAUGAAUUACUUUAGCUUUAGCCUGGCAUGCACAACAGAUUUUAUAGUAGUUAACUCCAGUUGCAGCUGGAGGAAUUUGUUUUCUACAUUAGGACUGCCUUUAGACUUAAUGAAACCCAGCUUUAUAGCUGCUCAGCCUAUAUCCAAGCCAUGCUUAAGUACACAAUAGUUUGACUAUAGCAUUGAAACUACACUUCAGCCUGAUGUUGUGUAUACUCCAAACAUUUAAAGCAAAUUCUCCUCUAGCCCCAAAUAAUCCUGGUAAUCCUGGAGGUAUUUGUUAAGGAUGUCAAGAAUUGUGCUCUGUGAAGGGUAAACUACAAUUCCCAGGAUUCUUUGGACAGAUGUGCUUUAAAUGUUUGGUGUGCACUUGCAGAAGUGACUCAAUACACCACAUCCUGCCUUGGUAAGUACAGAAGAGGUGUUUAGCUAUUUUAAUAGAAUACACCUAGGCAGCUUAUUUUCAGUUAGAGACUGUCAGGACACGAAAUACACUUUGUUACUAUCUCUACUUCUUCCCCAUCUCUUGCAGAACUGCACAAAUUCCUUAGCACAGAUUAUUUUAACUCUUGCUUAUAGAUAAGACUUCAGGCUGCUACCAGAAUGUGGGCAUUAGAAGAACAAUGUAGUAGAGGCCUGUCAAAACUGCAGACUUUAGGACAAAACUGCAGACUUGGGGAGAAAUUUGAUGCCUUGGUACUCUUCAGUUUCUGAUCCCAUUCUCUCUGCCUUCCAGUCCACCCUCUCAUACUUGAGCCAGCUCCCUGCCCUAUGCCAGCAGAAUCCGCUAUAGGACCCAAAGAGGGUAUUUGCUUUGCAGGAUCUAACUAGGUAGUUGAGAACCGUUACAGAGUUCUACUGAUCCCUGUACCUAUCUGCAGACUAGAUCUCUGGCAAGAAGAGAUCCAGAAACAGUUGUUGUGCCCCAAAGCCAGAAAUAGAGUUCAGUGGUAGAGCACAUGCUUUGGAAGCAGAAGGUAUGAGGCUCAGACCCCGGCAUCUCUAGAUUAAAAAGGACCAGGUAGAAGGUUGUGAGAAAUACUUCUUCCCGAGACUUUGAAGAGCCACUGCAAGUCAAGAGUGCAUAAUACUGGGCUAACUGGACAAACUUACCUGGUGUAAGGCAGCUUCUUAUGUUCCUAAGCUGUUUUUCAGCUUUUCAUUUUUCAAGACUAAAAGAUCAGAGUCCCUACUGUAGGCCACAGAGGACCUUUCGGUGCUAGAAAAUGGCUGUAAACAAUGGAGAUCCUAGACAAUGAUGCACAAACAAAUCCCAGGGAAAGUGAUAAGCCUCCCUGUCUUGCUGCAGGAGCUUAAUUUUUCUGGAUCUUAAGUUUGACUUUUGAGACAGUUUGCCAGAAUUUCAUUUUUUUAAAGCUGGCACAUUGUAUGAAAGAUUAAAGCAGAAAAUUAGGGAGGAACAGUUGCCUGGUAGUGCAGACUCUGUUGUUAUCUGGAGUUCUUAAACACACAUCUGGCAUUCAUAUCUGGCAGGAUUAUGUCCAUAUUUUCCCCUCCAUUAGCAUCUUAUUUUUUGUUUUGUUUUGUUUUUGUUUAUUUUAUUUUAUUUUUUCUUUUUCUGAAACAGGAAGAGAAAAUCCAUUCUGGAGAGACUCUUCUUCAUGUAAGUGUUAUUAAUGCUCGUUAAUGAAAAUAGCGAAAUAUUAGCAGUGCAGCUCAAAUGUUCCAGAAUUCCAAAUGUUCACCAUCUGCUCAUAGGACAGUAAAACUGCUUGCAGAAAAUAAGCUACUGUCAUGUAGUGAUAAAUACUCAACAUUAUUAUUAUUAUUAUUAUUAUUAUUAUUAUUAUUAUUAGAGGGUGGGAACUACAUGAGAAUUGGGGCUGCAGGACGUGGAUGUCUGCUCCCUCUAGCAGAGCCUCUUCUUACUCCUGUGUAUAGUUAAGGUGAUCUGUCAGAACAUGUGCACAGAUCAUCCCAUUCUGGAUCAGUGUUUUGUAUAUAUUCUUACCAACUUUGUGAAGUGAGGUUCCUAUUGUUUCAAAUUUACAAAAUAGUGGUUGAGAGAGCAAGCGAUUUGGGCCAAACUAGAAAUGCUGCUGUUAGUAGUAGUAGUAGUAGUAGUUAUUGUCGUCGUCGUAGUAUUAAUAGCCAACAACCUCUGACUUGAAUUUGCAGUUUGACAAAAGUGCUGGGUUUCAUGUGAACAAGUAGGUAACUGCUAUUGCCCUCAUUUUAGAAAUAGAAGUUGAUGAAGAGUAAUUAGCACUGCAAUCACAGGUACACUUACUAGAGAGUAAGUCCUUUCUCUCUCUUUGAACUACAUGGGACUUACUUCAGAGUAAAUAUGCUUAGGAUUGCACUGUAAGAGAUUUCUCCAAGGCCAUAGAGCAAAUCAGUGUACGAGCUCAGUAUACAUUUUCCUGCUGCCAUUCCUGUGCUGAAAUACACUUUGUUUUUCUUGGAUUAUAUAACAUAAUCCAAGUUAGUAUUUGCAAAGUUGGCGUGUGCAUAUGUGCGUGUGGCCUCAGAUAGUAUGUAGAUAUUGUAAGCUUUUUCUACGAUUUCUUGGCAUUACUUGUUGACAGCCAUGAAUAUAAGUAUAUAUAGACACUUACCAGUCCCCUUCCCCUUCAAAGAACAGCAACAGGAUGUAGUCAGUCUGCUGAUCUAUGUAUCACAGGGCAGUUUGAGGUCUGGCAAACUAUUUAUUUACAUGAAACAGUGACUCACCCUGGAUGAAUGAGCAAGAGUCUUAACCACUAGGUUGUGCUAGAGAGCCAGUCCCAGCAGCAUCAAUGUUGUUUUUUUUAAGUUGCAUUAUGCAACUCCUUUUACUAAAUGUUCCCUUCCUCUGAAUGAGCAUCAUUCUCAGACCAAAUGGAGCAGCAGGUUGCGGUAAAACAGUUAUAUAUUCAGCUCAUGGACUUGGCUUACUUGCAAAUUCUGGCUGGUUACUUGCAAAGACGUUGUCUAAGCCCAUAAGUUUGGGUACACCCACUGAGACUUUACACUCAUGCACACAUACCCUUCUUAAUAGUAAUAACCAUGCCAUAUCUCAAACUGCUUAUGAGUUUCCCUUCAGUUUCAUCAUUCAUCGAGAGGGCUGCUGUUUGCGAAACACAGGACUAAAAAACCCCUUGGACACAUUGAACUAGCUGCACAGUUCUUUUGAAAAUUUGUCUCUGUGUUCAAAAACUUAAUUAAACUUGUAAAUUUAAUAAAGGUAGGGAUUCACUUAGGUUUAAGUUUUUUGUUUUUGUUUUGAUGGAGCAGAAUCUGCUUUGGAGAGGAAAAUUAUUGCAUUCCUUUGUGGUAUGGAGUCUGUUUUAUAUGACAUUCUCUGUGCACACUGUCCCUAACUCAGCGGCAAACUCAGGAAUGUUAGCCCUGGGUAAAGGUCUAAUAAAACAAUAGUGUUUUUUUUAAAAAAGUAAGUGCUGCCUUGUUUGCAUAACAAUGGGUUCAUGUAGCUAAAAGCUAUGGUAACAAAUGUUCUUAUGGGGCUGAAGUACUAGUUGAGCUAGAAUAAAAAGCAGCUUGUGCAGCACACUCUCCAUAGGUAAUCAUUUCUGUGCUGAGUACCUCCAUUUGUAGAGGCAAAUUUGAUUGCAAACAUCUUUUCCCUUUAAGCCAUGGCCUUGUUUUGCAUGAUAAACUAGCAGUGCAUUCAGAUUUAAGGGAACAGUGCAAAAUAUUGUGAUGAGGAAAAUGGAAGAAUUUCCUCCUUUCUGCCUUAAUUCUCAACAGAUGUGGGUAUAGGUUUUGAAGAUUUCCCUCCUUGCCUCUGCCUCUUGGGAUGUAUGAGAUGCCUGUCAGCCACACCAUAGGCUAGUCUUUGCCAACUUAGUACCCUCCAGGGGUGAGAGGAGUUGUAGUUGAACAUCUGACCAUUGGUCAUUCUUGCUGGAGCUGAGGGGAUUUGGAGUGCCAACACCAUCUGGAGGACACCAGGUUGGGGAAGGCUGCCAAAGGCUAACCAUACAUCCCAGGCCAUGGUUAGCCAAAUUAGAAAAAUGGACAAUAGAACCCCAUUUUGUGCGUUUUUCCUACUACAGUACAGUGGCACACAGUCCAUUUGCACAUUUCAUCCUCUGCAAUACAACAUGCAAGGGUCCCAACAGAUGCCAUUUAAUAAGAUGUUUCUCCAUGGGAACAGUGUUUAAAGUGAUUCACUCACUGUCAUUAUUGCCACCUCUUGAUCCAGCAUUUUCUGCGCCUGGUGAGCCUGAUAGCAGUAAUAUUAAUGGCAACUGAAUGUAGGGACUUUGGUGAGUGGUUAGGGGUAAAAUGGUGCUGUCCAGAGAAAAUUAAAGUUUACUGGUAGGAAUGGGAGAAGUGGGAUCUACUAGCUUCUUGGAGGAAACUCCCAGCCUAGACAGGCAAACCCAUGAAAUGAGGAGCAAGCAUAACAUAGAAUCUCAUUCCCCUUGGCCUCAUUGGAUGUCAUAAUUGGCCAGCUCUGUAAGGUGCAUGGCCUCUCUGGAUGGUUAGCAUGAUAGAGAGACAGAAUUUCUAAACUAUUAAACCAUCAUCGUUCCUAUUUUCAAAUGAGGGUUAGCUGCAUGUGGAUGUGCUGCGGAUGUGCUGGACAGCAGAACUAGUGAAGGGAAAGGGUCAGACUGGAUGCCUACAUACCACUGAGAUAUGCAGGGAAAUUGUGGGUCUUGUGUUUUUAAAUGGCCUACUACACACAUGCCUUCCCUGUAACCCUCAAAAACAGGCUGAAGACAGUGGUUUCACGUGCUCAUUGCCCUCCAGCUACCUUGAAAUGUUAGCAAUAUAGAGCAGCACCCACACAUGAAUUCUCGGCCCCUGGAGUUGGGAGGUGUAUUUUCUGUGCCCAUCGCUGGAUUGGGAAAAGGAAUUGGCUUUGAAGAAUACUCUGUUCUGAUUAGUACAUUCCUUGGGCUCAAUUUGCUCUCUGCAAAGGCCAUUUAACCUGCAAAAUGUAAUGCUUCCUCAUUGUGUAAAGGUGGGGGCAGAGGAGGCAUUAGCUCCAAACUUUCCCCUCCUUCAAGUUCUUUAAAAAGCAAGGAGGAAUGCCAUGUUGUGCUUCAGAGGACAAGAGAAAGGAAGAACAGGUGUCCAUUCUCCAAGCCCAGUUCCUCUACAGCCUUCUGCUUGAGCAGGGCAUUUUCCUCCUUUUCCCCCUUGCCCUUUUCCUUCUCACUCUCUUAAUAUCUUUCACAGAAAAGAUAUAUUCCUUUUCAUGUAGAAAAGGAAUGGGAUAUAACAACAACAAAAAAAGGAGAUAAAUACACAGACUGCAAAAAGUGCCAUGGGUCUUGAUUUGUACACAUAUGUAUCUCAUAUGUAUACAAACCUGGGUGUGCAUAUAAUAUAUAACAGUGUGCCCCUUUAUUACCUGCUUAGGCAUGUAUCAGUAAAGUGAAACUGGAAGUCUUGAUGCUUCCUUUUCUGCAUCUCCAGAUAGCCUGUGAAGACUCUUCUUCAUGUACAUCUUUGUAUACGUUUAUUUUUGCUCAUCAUCUCUAUAGUGUUUGUGGCUUAGUGCUUUGGCUUUUUGGACUGCUGCAGCAUGAAUUUUUAAAUGGGAGUUAAAUGCUCUCAUGAGAGUUAAAACAAGCACAAUGUCAAAUACUAGAUUUGUUAAAAUGUACAGUAAUUGUGGAACAGUAUCCUCUUCUUAGUUAAGAUACUUUUUCCUUUUUAAAACUUGACAUUUAACAGAAUUAAAUCCUCUGCAGCAGUGUUAAUUUUGAGGGAGUAGUGUAUAGCCCUUAAGUAUAAAUACUUAUUAAGGCAGUUGUGCUCAAGUAUUUCAGAGAUGGUGGAAUGAUCUGAGCCUUUUCAGACAGAAAUGCAUUCUCAGAGAUGGUCUUUGUCAGGAUUUAGGAUUGUUUUUAGAAGCAGGUCAUUUCUUAGUAUGGAAAGUGGAUUGCUCAUAGCUAUCGCCAGUCUCAUUUGUAACUAUAAUGCUAAGAAGGAACCAUCUUACUGUAAUCAUUUUGCGUCAAAUACUACCAUCAUUCAUUACUUUCUAUCAGUGCCUCACCCUAUGGAGGAACCAGCACUGCCCAUCCGCAUUGAGGAGGGGACAGAAGUUCCAACGGGUGAGUGCAGCUAAGGUGGGAUGCUUGUGAAAUGGGGGGGAGGCAUGUUUGUACAUGGAGCUUGAUGCCUCGUUUGUGUUUAUCCACAUGUCACUGAGAGUUCUAGGAAUGUUAUCUGCAAACAUUUACAACAUUUUUUUGUCCCCCUCCCAAAUGUGCUGUCUUGGCAGUGCCAGCCCUCAGAUGAUCUACAGAAAAGUUGCACCAUUUCCAGUCACCCACUAUGCUUCUGCCACAUCCCAUCAUUACAUCCGGACUUUGCAGCUCUCAUAAUUUUAUUGCCAGUCUAAGGGGUGUGGACAUUUCUAACUAUUCAGCUUGCAAAGAAUGAGGUACACUCCAGAGUAUGUGGCCCCAUUGAUAGGAAUGUCUAAGUUGCCCUGGAUUGCUCACAAUAUUUUACAAAUAUUCCGGUAGAUGACAUAGUUUUCUUCCUUUAAUUUUGAAUAAUUGCUCUUUAUUCUGUCAUUUCUGAGAAAUUGUCUGUCAUAAUGAACAUAUGUAGGGGAACAUAGGAAGAUAAUAAAACCGACAAAUGCUUAAAGAAGAAAAUGUUACUUACCUGUUACAGAAGGCACACAUAUAAUUCCUCUACUUGAGGGGAGAAUAAUUCACCCAAAAUAAUUUACUGUUACAGCAUUUCAGAUUAGAUUUAUUGGGCAACAUACAUAAUGGAAAUUUGCUCGUGCAACAGGACUAACACUUUAUUUUCUCUUUUCCACCCUGCAGCCCCCCCCCCCCCGCCCCCAAAAUCUGCUCCAGAAGAUUCCCCCAACACACCAGAGCAGAUACUGGGGCCAUUUGUGGGGGGAGGCUGCAGGGGAGAGGAGAGAGGAAGGGAAAGCUUUGUUGUGCAGGCUGACACUCACUGCAUUGAAUCUCACCCUUUUGUUUAAAAUCUGGGUUCACCUCAUUGGAGUCAGAUAAGGAUACUAUCAAAAUGAGGAAUGCUUUAUUCUGAAUUUUGAUUGAAAGCACCUUUGACUUCCUUAAAAAGCAGCACAAAAUCCAUGUUUAUUGAAAACUGCUGUCAUCCCCCAAUCGCUCAUGCUUUGUCUUAUUUCCCUGUUCUGCAAGCAAACUGGAAAAAUAUGCAUUUAAUUUUAUUUUUUAAAGUCUCAUUUUCUGUUGUUUUGCUUUUGUAAAGAUGUUGCCAUAGCAGACUUCAUUCACAUCUCCAUAGCAUUAUUAUUAUUAGUAGUAGUAGUAGUAGUAUGAAAUUGCAAACAUUUUCCACUUGGUCAUAGUUUCAUUUUUCUGCCACAAGGUAAAAGAAUAAAAAAUCAAAAUGCAAAUUACAUAUUAAAGGUUGAGUGACCAUAACCAUGGAUAUCCAUUAAUUUUGUUCAGACUGGUUGCUUUGUACCCUCUUCAAAUUAAUGUUGUGGUUCUGCAUGCUUCUGAAGUGCAAAAAGUGUGUGUGAGAUUAACACAAACUAAAUAUAAAUAAUGGUAUCAAAAGCAUUGUCUGAAAUCAGUGGCAACUAAUAGAAGAGAUAAACAAUUUCUUUCUGUCUUGCUUGCUUGCUUUCUUUCACAGUAAUUUUCAGUAUAGGUUUUUACCACUUCUUGGUAAGAAUGUUCAGGGCAAGUAGGCUCCAUGUACCAUGACAGAGCCGGAAAGUUCUUUUUCUUGAUUCAGGAAUUGAUUCCACAUUCACUCAAGUGAAACUCCUAACUGAAGUCAAAAUUAAAAUCAGUGGCUUUGUUGCUGUUGUUGUCUAUAGGUGAAAGUGUAGGUUAAGUUCUCUGUUUGCAAAUUCUGCUUUGCAAAGCAUGAUAUCUAGAAGUGGGCUGCAUGUUUCGGUUUCUUAGAGAAAUGAAAUGCUUAUUUUAAUCCUGAUCUGAUUAGCCAACAGAAGGAUUUGCAGAAAGCAACAGCGUAGCAUUUUCUUGCAUCUGAUUGCCAAAGUUUUUGUUGGUAAUAAAUAUUGUGCUGAAAAUAAUUUUCUGAUUUAAAAAUGGAUCUUCUAUCACACAUUCUUCAGGAAAACUGUUAAGAAUUACACAGAAUGGCUAGUGACUUAUAUGACCCCAAGGUUAUAUGCAGAAGAUUUGAAAUUUGGAAAUAACUGGUAGACCCAUAAAUAUAGUAAAAUAUAUUCCUAUUACAGAAUCAUUUUAACUAUAAGAAUAAAUGUUUUCUAAUCUUAAAUGCUUAUAGACAUAAAGGGCACCACUAUGCAUGUAGGCCCCAUUGACUUCUAAUUGGGACUUGCUCCUAGGUGCAUAUGCAUAGGAUUUCAGAUACACAACACAUACACAGGUCCUAGGCUCCUCUACAACCAGCUUCCUUACUAAUCCAGUGUUUCCAUUCAGCUGUCCAUCCUUCCUACUCCCUUUUCCCAGGCUUGUGGAGAGUUUAUAGUAUUGCUAUCCCUUGGUCCCAAAGGAUUUCCCUGGCUUCUUCCCAUAUAAAAAGGAUUGAGAGAUGCCAGUUGGCACACUUUCUGACUAGGGAGGGGAAGUUGUAGUGGAGUGUGUGCCUCAGGAAGUAGUGGCAGGUGCUCAGUUGGGGCAAUGGUCAUAUGUAACAGAUGACUACUCCCUCACCACUUUGAGCAUAUCUGUGCCACAGUCAUAAAUUGUUGUUGGGCACCAUGGCUUUAGCCAAGUGUUAUCUUAUUGAUGCUGACCGUUGGUGAUCCCAGAAGUGCUUUUUCUAGGAUUUAUUUGGAUACGGUUUAAGGUCAUGCCAGAACCAUUUCUAGUGUGCAAUGCAGACAUUGGCCUGGUGCACAUGAAAGGCUAAGCCAAAACUUGGUUUAGUGAGACCAUGCUGUGGGCUGCUGGAGAAGAGCUCGCAGCCACUUUUCUCAUCCAAAUUCUUCCUGCCAUGCUGAGCAAAGCCAAGGUUUGAGUUAGUGUGCCAUCCAAACUGGGACUUGUGGUUAGGUUCCACUUACCCACAAGUUGUAAUCAAGGCUUGUAUUUUGUUAUAGCUCUUGGUUAGUGAGGAUAGGAGCUUAACCACGAGUCCUGGUUUGGAUGGCAUGAUAAACUAAGCCUGCUUGGCAUGGUGCAAAAGAACUAGGAAGGAGCAAAGCAGCUGCAAACCCUUCUCCAGGAAUGUGUACUCCUUUGGUCUGGGUAAGUCAAGGUUUGGUUUAACUUGUCAUGUGCAAUCAGCCAGUCUCUCAGCCACAUUCUCACAUACCCAUUAAGUAGCUACUUAAGUAGUCUCUGGAGUAAUUAAAUUAGUCAUGAUGCUGUUGCCGCAUAAGAAAGGAGGGGGGUUGAUGAGACUGGAAAUAAGAGGAGAAAGUGUCUUGAAGCAGUAGCAGGGGCUCACUUAGCAUGUCAAAGGGCACCCUAUGAAUGCUACUUGUCUAAAAUCAGGGCAGGAGUAGCCAUUUUAAUGUACCAUCUUGCUAAAGGUGCAGUGGAGAAUCCAGUGAGUGGGUGAGCUAUGGGGAGUGAGAAAUCAACGUUGACUCUAGGCAGUGAGUCAGUCUGUUCUGUACCCACAUAAGUGCAUAAACAGUAGAUUUCUGUCUUCUUUGCUGCUGUUUCACCAUCAGCGUGCAUGUGUGUGGCUAGGAAAGUAAGGAAACAACAGAUGAUGAGAGUUUUUUUGACGGGUGGGGGGUGUUUCUGCUGUUUUGCCACUCAGAAAAGAACAAGUAGUUCAGUGUAAGUUUCCUCACUGGCAGGUUUAUGUAGCUUAGAGCAUUUUCUCUGUAGAAACAUCCUGAUCCCUUUCUGUUUCACCUUCUGUUCCCAGCAUUCUGGUGACUGACCAUAGAGCUUCAUUUCCUCUUUCAAAUAUGAUAAAAUCUAGUUUCUGUUCAGUUGUUUCUUUUUUCUUUUCCCCUAAAUGGAAGCCCAACUCUAAAUGAAGCAGAUCGUAGCAGACUUCAUAAAGAAAGAUGUUAUCAGAGCCAGCCCAGCGUGGUGUAGUGGUUAAGAGCGGUAGUCUUGUAAUCUGGGGAACCGGGUUCGCGUCUCCGCUCCUCCACAUGCAGCUGCUGGGUGACCUUGGGCCAGUCAUACUUCUUUGAAGUCUCUCAGCCCCACUCACCUCACAGAGUGUUUGUUGGGGGGGGAGGAAGGGAAAGGAGAAUGUUAGCCGCUUUGAGACUCCUUAAAGGGAGUGAAAGGUGGGAUAUCAAAUCCAAACUCUUCUUCUUCUUCUUCAAGAUAUAUCCAUUAGCUGUUAUUGGUUCUUUUUAUCAUCCCAGUAGCUCUGAUCUGUACUUCCAUUUGUCUGUACCCACAAACCAUGACAUUUGCCUUGGUGACUGAAUGGCAACUGAAGUAACGUAUCCUAGUUGUCAUGAACGUGUGAAGCGGCUAGUCCUCAAAGCUUCGCUUCCUGACUGGUAGCAGCCAUCCAUAAUCUCAGAUGGCUUUUCAUCCUUAGCCAUGCCACUUGAGAUAUUUAACACACACACUUAGAAAUCCCAGGGGCAGAAUCCAUAAUCAUUUUUAUGUGCUUUACCACUGGUAUACCUUCAUCAGCACAAUUGGAUGCCUUCAUCUGCCCCAGCUGCAACAGAAUAUGCUUCUCCCCUAUUGGCCUCUACAGCCACAGCAGGUGCUGUAACUCUCUAAUGCUUUGACUUCAUCCCCGAAGACUCACUCCUUCAUUAUUUCCCAAUGGAUGCCAACCAACCACUGAGCUGUGGCCCUGUUUCCAGUUUUAGAGCAGAUUACAUUGUUAGUGAUGCAAUGAAAUCUCUAAUAAUACACUAGAUUUGCUGUGUAACUGUACUGUGUAACCUGGGAUGGUUGCUCUUAAUAGGGGCCAACAUGAAGAUGUUAACAGUGCCUGCCCACAUUGUUUCGGCACCUGUUCCCAUUGUGCCGCACAAAAUACAUUUCCGUCUGAUUGUCAGGGCAAUGGAAUGAUUCUGACGUUGCAUGCUGUGACAUCAUUGUCAGGCAAAGUGUGCUCUGGUUGUGGAUGGGAAAGUGACCUGAAGAACAAAUCACUGAUGCAGAUAGUUGAUGGCGGCACAUAACGAGCUGAAAUGAAAUAGAAACAGAAGACAUUCAUAUGUACUCCAGGCAAUAUUAAAUGUGUGUGGAUAGCAUUUGUGAACGCCUGCCUUCUGUGUAUCCCAGAAUUUUAAAUAAGAGGCACUUGUCAUUUGAAUUGCACCUAAUACUGUAAGUUUUUCAGGUGCAGUUAGUCGCCUCUGAAAUUUUGUCCAGCACCAAACAGUAACAUUUUGCACUCUUGCAUCUGGAGUGAUGAUGUAAUGAUCAAAGCAGCAGUUUAUCAAGAGAAAGCAGCAGGAAGCUUGUGCUCCUUUCUGGAUUAUUGUCAAUCAUUAGCCUUUUAGCUAGCUCACCCCCAGGGGUGUUAAUUGAGAUCAGAAGUUGGUUUGUUAUGAACAAAAACAACCUUUAACCAGGCCACUUCUCCUUACUGAAUUAACAAUACUUGCAGCAGGAUAUAACAGCUUUCAGUCCUUCAUCUGUAUUCUGUUAAUGCCUGCCACCAUUUCUUUCCUGCUCUGUUACUUUAUGGAAGCAGUCCUGAUGCCUAAAGAGUGUGGUGUUGUUUUGACUCUGGAGAGCAAUGAAAGGGAAGCCUAGAUGUCCUGUUUCUGGGACAGUGUCUGAUAGGGAGUGUAUUCCAAGCACGCCUACUUCAAAGAUCCAUUCCUUUCAUGGUAUGGAAAACAUGUCUUCAAACAGAUUUAUGUGGUGAAUUUUGUCUCCACUUAAUAUACCCACAGUUUCUCAGGAACAAUUCUUGGGAUCUCAUGAUGGUUUAAAAAUGUGUACUGCACCUGUGAAGAGCCCAGUUUUUAUGUGACAUUGGGUUUGUUUGGGUGAUCAUGACUUGGUCAAGAUAUGAACAAGCUUUUUGCCUGCUUAGGUAGCCCCAUAACACCUCCUUUUAUGCAAGCUGCAGGUCUCCAAUUAGCCCACAGUUUCCCAUAUUAACUGGGAAACUAUGGUUAUCAGCCUUGGAACAAGCCAGGAUCUUAAACCAUGGUUAUUAAAAUGAGACACAAUGUGUCUUUAGGGAAUCCCAGGUAAUGCUACAUGCAGACAAUAAUGACAAGAUGAAUUGACCCAUAGCAUGGUAGGGUCAAUCUGGAGGUGACAGAUGGGCAGCUUUGAUACUAAAGAGCCUCAGUUUAACACUGCAAGCUUUGUACUUUUUGGCUAAAUUGCAGCCUAAACAUGUUUGGCAAGAUAGGAUGACUCUGUGCUAUCUGCUACAGCAUGGGUAGGCAAACUAAGGCCCAGGGGCUGGAUCCGGCCUAAUUGACUUCUAAAUCCGGCCCGCGGACAGUCUGGGAAUCAGCGAGUUUUUACAUGAGUAGAAUGUGUCCUUUUAUUUAAGAUGCAUUUCUGGGUUAUGUGUGGGGCAUAGGAAUUCAGUCAUUCCCCGCCCCCCAAUAUAGUCCAGACCCCCACAAGGUCUGAGGGACAGUGGACCGAUCCCCUACUGAAAAAGUUUGCUGACCCCUGUGCUAUAGGAAAGUGCUACUUUAGGCAAGAUAGGAUGACUCUGUGCUAUCCGCUACAGGAAAGUGCUACUUGCUCGUUUCUGCCUCUUACUCAUUUAUGAGCACUGUUCUGUUCCAGCAUUAUUAGCCAGUCAGAUUUGGGUCUUACAGUAUAAGCCUUCAUGGAACAUCAAGCUGAAAUGAUGAGAACCUAGCUAAAUAAAAAGAGUUGUAUCUUGUGCUUGUACUGGCUUAACUAAACCAUCACACCUCUGUGAGAUGAUCACACUGAUCUCAUUACUUCCCCUGCUUAUAUGUACAAAAGCAUAGUGUGUUAAUUAUACAGAUAAAAAGGGCAAGGGGUCUUACCCAUGCCUAGAUAAUUUCAAAUACUGGUGCAGUGUGCAUUGCCAUUUUGCUCAUUAAGAUGUAAGUUCUUUACAUUUCCUCACAAUUGAAGAUUUUUUAAUCCUUUCCACUGCUUCUACACAUACAAAGACAUGAGACAUUGUGAUAUAAGCAACUUUCACUCUAGGAGUUUGCAGUUCAUAGUACACUUUGCUUGUACUUUGAAACAUCCUCAGUUCAUUGCAGAGCAACACAUAAUGAAAAAUAAAACAGAUAAGCAGAAGGCAGUAUAAAUGGCAUGUGGCAAUCUGCUUGGAAGGUGCAUUAAGAUAAACGAGAGAAGUAAAACUGAAGCAUGUUCUUUCAAAAUAGCAAAGCCCAGAAGUUUUUGCUGUUCAUUAUACAGUGGAAAGGAGUGAGUCCUCUAGUAAUGUGUGUGCUUAGUAGUUAAUGUUUUGUUUAAAAUCUCUGGCUCCCAAAAUUACUAGGAGGCAAAAGAAAUUGCUGGCAGACCUAGAGACCACCCAUCCUGGUUCUAGUGUGUGUUUUGAUCACUGAGGUUUUGGAUUACCAAAUUAUGUGAAUGUGCCUUGGGGUCAUGCGUGCCUCUCUCCCUGGUGCAGCUGCAAGGAAGCUUUAGCUUCCAUUUUCAACUAUCCUCAGUUCCAUUUUUUAGUUGGCCACAUUUCAGCGUUAUGCCUGAAAGUAGAUAAACUGGCUAGGCUUAGCUAUGCUUUAACGAGACAAGCCAACCAAACUAUGGUUUAUGAAGCUGUGUUGUUUCACUCAACCAAAUACCAUUUCCAGUCUUGGUAGGAGUGGAUGCCAUUGCUUAUGUAGCCAAAAUGGUUCUAUCCACUUACAAAAGGAAAUAAUCAGCAGGCUUGGGGGAACCUCAUGGUUUGCAGAAAUACAGUGGUACCUCGGGUUACAUACGCUUCAGGUUACAGACUCCGCUAACCGAGAAAUAGUACCUCGGGUUAAGAACUUUGCUUCAGGAUGAGAACAGGAAUCGUGUGGCGGUGGCGUGGCAGCAGUGGGAGGCCCUAUUAGCUAAAGUGGUGUCUCAGGUUAAGAACAGUUUCAGGUUAAGAACGGACCUCCGGAACGAAUUAAGUACAUAACCAGAGGUACCACUGUACACAGAUUUGAUUCUUUAGGGGGAAAUCUAAGGAGUGGAGAGCCCCACACAGGGUGGGAACCCCAGUCUGAUGAGGAUUGAGCAUGCUCAUUGGCUGUUGAAAGCUGACUGACGGAAGGAUAAAUUGAAAAUGUGGGUGAGAAAAGAUAUAAUACAGUGGCUAGAAUCCUGAAGAAGGAGCACUCCAUGCUUCAACAUUUUUUGAAGGUCCCACUUAUAGUUGAGAUUGACUUAUAGUUGAGAUGAAUGCUAAACUGCAGUUAAUUGAAAACAGGAGUGAAAGUUUCUGAUCUCAUGGCUGUGCCAGAGGCUGGAGGAGGUGGAAAGGUGGGAAGAAGAGCAUGAGCCUGUGGGUGCAAUGCAAACUAGAACUGACAGAGGUAAUGUCAGCAGAUUUUCCCAGAGCAUUUAAUGCUCAUGACUGAUAGUUUAGUGGGACACUGCUAGUUGAAUGGUUUGCUUAGAGCCUGGAAGCAGAGAUGACGUCUUAUUACUAAGAAUAAGUAUGUGUUUGGGGAGCCAAAGAGAAACAAAGCCAUAUCUUACUGAUUAUGUAAUAAUCCCUCUUUGUAAUGUCAUUGAAAGUUCUGGACAAUUGCUCUGAAUUUGAUGAACAGACUUGGAUACUCACCAGUAAAACAACAGCAGGAUUUGGCCUGGAUAUUCCCCCCUCCCUCCACCCAGUUUUUGUUUUGGAAGGAACUUGCCUUUGGCUGCACUCAGACUUGCUUCUAUAAAUGGUGGCUUUGGCUCUCUUCAUUGUUCAGCCAUCUUAAGUGUUUUUGGCCAAGCCCUUGUUUUCUGAAAGGAAAGCAGACAUGUGUCUCCUAGAAGCUGGCAUGUUCUUUAGAAGUAGAAUUGCCCAUUUUAUUCUCCAUGAAUUUGAGUUAUAUUUAAACAUAGAGUUUCUGUCUUUGAGUUACUUUGUUUCCUAUUAGCUGAUAUUGAAAUAAUAGCUCUGGUUUCCAGCAUGAAAAAUGCCUUCCAGCUUCAUAUCAGCGUGUUGAUUAUUAUCUCUUAAAAGGCAUUGUAGUUUAAUGCAGUGGAAUAAAAUCACAGGAAAUUAAAAACAAAUCCUAUUAGUGUUCAGGACAAUGCCUUUCAUUAAACACACACAGUUUUCUUGGAAUUUUCCUCAACUGUGCAGUGCCUUGAACCACCUCCUUUUCAUCUUCUCUUGGCAUUUCCUGUAAUUGGCAAUAGUCAGGAGACCAUGGGUGGGCCAUAGGGUUAAGUCUGAGAUAUGAGCACAAUAAAGGGUAGCAUUUUAAGAAGUUUGUUUAUGUCAUAAGAUAGAAUUGUGGUACUGCUCAGUGUGAUUGUUAUGGGGGUGAUCUGCAAAACAGUUUAUGAAAAAAAUGGGCCCUCAGAUCUUGUCAGUUCAAAGCAGGAAUCCGUUUGAAGACUCCUUAGACACUUUAAUUUAGUUACACCAAGAAGUCACACAACUAGCAUGAGUUAAUUGCAAGCAUUGCUCUAUUUGUGUUGUGAUGCCCGAAAGCACUUGAUGCUCGUUGAAGUGAACUUAUUCUGUCCAGUCUCACCAUAUUUUUUCAGUCCAAACAAAUGUUCCCUGUUAAUUCAAGAAGUAAGAACAUCCAGUGAAUCUGAAAAAGCCCACUUUUAAAAUCAAGGACCUGCUAAUUUAACCCAGAUUCUUACAUAGAUUUCCCCCCGCAAAUAGAUUUUAUUAAAGCUUAAGUUCUGGCAUUCAUUUUUGAUGUGACAAAGUCAUUGCAAGGUUUUUAAAUUUCUUACCUAGGCAGGGCCUCCACAAACUUAAGUGUGGUCCUCCCAACUAAACUUUCCUCUCCCUUAAAGUCCACUGUAUGUUCCAAAAGACUGAAAUAGGGGAGGGUUGCCAUAUUUCAAAAAGGAAAAACCAGCACACCCCAAAAUUGUUGACUUAAAAAAAAUAAAUCCCCAUUUUUUUCCUUUUUUUUUUUUUACAGAAACACAAAAAACCACGCAAUUUUGUAAUUGCCUUUGAAAUCCUGGUAAUGUCCAGGAAAAUCCAGACGUAUGGCAGCCCUAGAAAAGGGUGGUGGAUGAUAGAUCUCGAAUACAUUUUGGGCUUUGGAGUAGGCAGAGGUAGGCAAGAUGUUCAGCAGGCAAGAUUAAGGUGGACAUUCACAUACCUGCCCAAAAGAGGAAAUUCCUCACUAUAAAAGAGGGCACUGAUUCACCUAUGCUAAUUUAUAUGGGUAGACGGAAAUUUCAGAAUAGUGACAGAGCUCAACCUCAGGAGGAAGGGGAUGUCUCAUGCCACACACUGAACUCUGAUUCAGAUGAAAGCUAUUGUAGGACAUAUAUUUCUUCUGCUUGUUGUCUCAGUUAUAUACAGUGGUGCCUCGCAAGACGAAAUUAAUCCGUUCCGCAAGAGUCUUCGUCUAGCGGUUUUUUCGUCUUGCGAAGCAAGCCCAUUGACGGAUUAGCGCUAUUAGCGCUAUCAGCUGUUUAGCGGCUAUUAAAGGCUUAAAGGCUUAGGGGAUUAGCUGCUAAAAGGCUAUUAAAGGCUAUUAAAGGCUUAGCAGAUUAGAUAAAGGGGGAGCGAAAAAAAUCUCAAGACUCGCAAGGUAUUUUCGUCUUGCGAAGCAAGCCCAUAGGGGAAUUUGUCCUGCGAAGCAGCUUCAAAACGGAAAACCCUUUCGUCUAGCGGUUUUUCCGUCUUGCGAGGCAUUCGUCUUGCGGGGCACCACUGUAAAGCCAUGACCUAUUACUUUCUAUAAUAUCUCUACUUUAAUGUUGUUCAAAAAUGAACAUGAGAAUUCAAAUGUAUUGAAUAAAGUGAAACUAAUCUUUGAAGAGGACCAUUGCAAAUGAGAGGUUCCAAUUUGCUGUUCUCCAUAUCUACUAGUGUAGAUAUAAUUACUGUAUUACAUACUUAAUUACUGGUUAAGAUUCAAUGUCUAAUAUGUCAGCCUGUCGGCUCUUAUUCUGUAACAUCAUAGUUCCCAUACUAAACCAACCCUUUGAAACAAGUUGGCUAGACGUGUUAAUUGACAAUCUGUUACCUGGCAUUCAGUGUUGCAUAUGGUCUGUUUAGGCACACUUGAAAAGAUUAGAUUAAAAUGGCUCCAAUAAACUUUUUCCAGAUAAUAGCAUCAUGAAAAGCAAAUAUAUUUUCCCUCCAAACCUUAUUCAUGGUUUAUGAAAAGGUUUUCAUCUGCAUGGUUACAUUGAUGCAUAUCAGUCUCAGAAUCAUGUUCCAGUUGCAGAUUUCCUGCCAAACUAAUGUCAACCCUAGUUUCAGGUCAUUGCCAUACAAGCUAAAUCUGUUUACAGAUCAGAAAGCAGCAAAUUAAUUCCAGGUUUCACUGCGAUAAUAUGAACUAAGUUUUUGUGGUGACACUUGCGUAAACAAGUAAAAACAUUGUUGCAGCCUUAAAUAAAUGAACUGCUUUGCAUAAGCCCAAUAAAAACGUAGAUGUUUUCACUAAUAAAGCACCAUGUAAAUACAAACAGAUCUGCAGUGCAGUCCUAUGCACAUUUACUCGGAAAUAAGUCCUAUUGUGUCCAGCAUGAUCUAUUUAGAUGGUUUAAGCAUGAGGUAUUAAUGUCUUCCAUCAUGAAUGUUAGGUUUAAGUGUUUACUAGCUAUAUCUCUUUCUAUCAGUGUUAUAUUUUAAACUUUCUAGAUUUAAAUCAUUGCCCUCAUCCAGCAGUCAUCUUCUGCAUGUUGGUAGGAUUAUUUGCAUGUGUUGAUUCCAAUGUAGGAUCAUCAUGCAAGCUUAAAAAAUGAUGGAAAGUCAAUUAUGUGCCUUUCCAGUCACAUAACUCGGUACAGAAUAACUCUCUGAUUGGAGGAAAAAUAAGCCAUGUGACACAGAUACGAAGACUGGAUUGGAUUGACUGCCCUUCUAAUAUAUAAGAGCACAAAUAUGCAGAAAUAAGGACAACCUAGACAGCCUAUAUGUGCCUAGUCUCUGCAAUGUAUGGAAGUUUACUUUAGCGCUCCAGUGUAAAUGGCAUACCUCCCACAGCUUCCACAUUUGAAUCUGAUCAAAUGUUGCCUGUUUUGAACAUGCGCUUUGGAUGAAAUCUUGUGUGUGUUUAUCUUCCAUUUUUUUUAAUCUAACAUAUAUAACACAAGUGUGUGUGUGUCCACGUGUGUGCACAUGGAGAUACAUAUAUAUAUGGCAUACUUUUUGCAAUUUAACAGCUGACAGCAAUAUUCAUAAGCCAGUGUGACCUUCUAGGGUUCACUUUGCCCUGGAGUUUUCAUAAAGCAAGCCUUGUCAUUGGCUAUUUCAUUAACUAAAAAGCCAUUGCUAUAGCAAAGAACAUGAUUCUAUUGCGUAUCAGGAGUGAGUCAGUCCUAUUUAUUUUGAAAUCCAAGUGAGAUGCUGAGAUGGCAGUGAAAUGAGGCGGGGGUGUAUGCUGAAACUGAACUGAACAGAAAGGUUUAUUUAUGCAGGGGUUUUGUUGUUUAAUCAGUACCAAGAUAUAAAAAUAGAAGAAGAAAGAAACUGCUGCUUUAGAUCCUUCCGCUCAUUAGGAUAAAUCACUAUGUUUAAAGCGGGGGGUGGGGGGAUCACUUUUAAUAGAAGCUCCAUGAUAACUCUCUUCGUAAACCCUUAAUAUUUCAGCCGAUGAUGAUUCUGGAGAGAAAUUACAGGCUUGGAAUGGACACUGGGUCAGUGCAAAGAAAAAGUAACGUGGUGACGUAAUAGAGGGCAGAUUUUCUACAGUGGUCCUCUCCCAUUUACUAAGCUGAUGUAAACAUAAAGUCAGAGUUCGAUCUGAUAGUUGCCUAAACAGGAGUUAAGCCUGUUGAUAAUCUCUUCACAACUGUAGGUAAAGAGUACUUCAAAAUCUGGGGUUGCACACCAGGAAUGGCAAGGAUGUUCAAGAGAAUUCGCAGUGGCUGGGUGUGUGCCUGGCAUCUCCCAUCUCCGACACGGAAUACACUGCUCUUUUCUUCCUUGCUUCUUUCCUUCCUUCUUCCCUCCCUCCCUCCUUAACACCUCCACUAUUUUGCCAUUCAUCCCCAGGACACACACUUCUGCCCUCUCCCUAGAAACUCUACCUGUCCUCUUAAUUUUGUUAUGCACACAUUACCUAUUCUGCACUCAUACCUUAAUCCACAGCCACUUUCCAAAGGAGCUUUAGGAAGAAGCCUGACAAGUGCUUGAGCCCCAGUCUGAAAGGUGGCUCUGAGAGGGAAAGGGAACAAAAGCAUAACGGUGGCAGUUCGCCUGUUUUUACAGGCCUGGCUCAGAUGGACUUUCACAUCUUUUCUGUGCAAAAAAAAAAGGAUCCAUUUUACUUCCUGCUGGCCUGAAAAGGUGUUGCAAUACAUGGCAAUGCUGCUUUUGUUUUUAAUACUCUGAGUAACAAAGAUGCUUCCGCCUCUUCUCUAACACAAAGUAUCUUACUAACACGGUCAUUAGGAUCCAAGGAUUGUUUUUCCAGACUGCUCAGGAACCUGGAAUGCUAAACGUCUAUUGUGAAAAGACCCUUAAUAGGUGUCAAUACGAAAGAGGCACAGGUGUAUUUUAAACUCAUUUGUGGGGUCAAGACAGAAAUAACUGUCAGCUGCAUCUUUCCUCUGCAUAUACUGACUUGAAAAAGUGGGUGAAUUUGAAGGAAACUUUGUUUGCCAAGAUGAUUUGUAAGCACAGGUACCUAUUUGUCUUACAAGUAAUGUGGAUUAUAAAACCUAUAUUGUAAUUUCCUUCCUUUUAGAAAGCAAAAACAUGGCAACAAAGGAGAAAUUGCAGUGUCUGAAAGAUUUCCACAAGGACAUUCUCAAACCUUCCCCUGGCAAGAGCCCUGGGACACGCCCUGAGGAUGAGGCAGAGGGGAAGCCACCACAGCGUGAAAAGUGGGCCAGCAAGAUUGACUUUCUGUUGUCUGUGGCUGGAGGAUUUAUUGGAUUAGGCAAUGUUUGGCGAUUUCCGUAUCUCUGCUACAAAAAUGGCGGAGGUGAGUAUUGUUGUCGCUUCCAUAAUGGUUUGGGAUGUGGAUAGCAGCUCCCUUUCAUGUGAAUGGGUGUGCGGGGAAGCAGGGCUGCUCUGAAGAUGAAUGAGAUCAAGAUUUAAAAACAACCGGAAGUGCUAUUGGACUAAUAGCUACUUUUCACCCCCCCCCCUUUUUUUUUUGAAAAAGGGGAAAUUUGAUUCAUAUUAGCGAAAGCCAGUCACAUAUUUCCGGUAUGCAUUUCACUGCAUUUAAUUUGCUUUUAAAAAACUUACAGCUGUUACAUGCAGUACACUUUGUAAACAGCAGGUCAUUAAAUUCUGAGACAUUGUAAAACAAGAAAACAAUUGCCUUGAGAUUUUACCUAAUCUUCCAGUAUGCAAUGAAAGGAAACCAUUCUGUUGCACAUUUUCUUUCACAUUGUUCCCCAUUUCUUAAUCUGAAAAUAACAGGGCAUUUGUGUAACAUAUUUAAAGUCUGAUUAUUAAUCUUUGCUCUUAAGUGGCAAUUUCAGAACAUGCUAACAAGGGCAUGGGCCAGAUUUCAUAGUGAUACUUAAAUACCACCAUCAGCUGCUACUCCAUUAAGAAAAAAAAUCAUUGAGUCAUAGAAUCUUCCUAAUCUUCCUUCUGUGUUUUCUCUACAGGUGCAUUUCUCAUACCUUAUUUCAUUUUUCUGUUUGGGGGAGGUCUUCCUGUGUUUUUCCUGGAGGUGGCACUAGGACAGUAUACCUCCGAAGGAGGAAUUACAUGCUGGGAAAAGAUCUGCCCUAUCUUCACCGGUUAGUUAUCUGCCAAAUUCGUUAUAAAUAUAUAUAUGUACAUGCACACAUCUAAGUUAGUUCCCAAAAUUCUGUCACAUUCUUCCUUCACCUUGCAGCUAUGCAAAGGAAAGGGUGAGACUAUUCAGAGGCAUGGUUCCCUGUGACUGGGGUCAGCAGGGCAGGAAACAGGUUUUAUCCUUAACUUUGCUGGUGACUCUGAUUUUAUUUAAUUCCUAUCCUUUCCUUUUAGUUUUUUUGCCAUCCAGCUGAAUGGUUGUCACACACCUCUGGGGAAAAUUAAACAGUACUGGUCUUAGAGACAUUUUUGCACUGAGGGCAACACCUGCUUGCCAUACCUGGCAGGAAUUCCACAGCAGGAUGCAAGGCCCAGCUUGAGAAUGACCUACUGUGCCAGAGUGUCCAGGACAGUGAGGACUUGAAGCUGCCUCUGUGGGCAGUUCCCUCUGACAUCUCCUCCACAUCCACAGUAUUGCCUUCUGAGGAGGAGAUAGACCCUGAAAAAGGGGGCAGUGGAGUGCUAAAAAUUUAGUCACAGAAGUACAAAAAGCUUUUUCUUCCACCUCCCCUCCAGCUCUGAGCUAUUGGAGGUGGUCUUGUUUCCUGCCCUCCCUUCCACCUCCAAGUUUAGAACUGGAACGCGGAGCAAAUUUUCCCCUGACCUUGUAUUGUGUUUGAAACAUAACUUUAGCUUGGCAGGGGUGGAUUCUGAUGAGAACAAAGUUUUGGUUGGCCUCUGCUAAUGCAACUUUUCUAUUUAAAAAAAUAUAAGAGCAGUAUUGAAAUUGAUGUGUUCCUGAUAAAAGGUUUAGGAUUUACUAUUAUUUCAAAUAGUAGACUUCAGAAUACACGAAACUCUCUGGAACAACUUCUCUGAGAUUUCUGAUCUUUAAUGACUAUCAAAUGGUUUACUAUGGGUAUUUGCAUCAGGAGAAUGUGGAAUGGCUCCCAUCGUCCAAGAAAGCUCAAUAUUUAAUAAGGAGCUGGUGUGUUCACAGGCCAUUAAGUUGUUCCAGGGCAGUUUGGUGUUUUGUAAGGUGAUUGCCAGUUUAUACCAGUUCUGUGUCUCCCAAAGUACUUACUUAGAAGGAAGUUCCAUUGAGAUCAAUAGGACUUCUUGCCAAGUGUAUGGGGCUUGGAUUGGAAUUUAUAGCUAAAGGUUUGUGCCAAUUUGCACUUCAUUAGCUGUGUGCAUGCCAUUUGGAGCAGCAAAGGACAUGACCUUAUCUGCUAGUGACCCUGUGCUUGCAAAGCAAACAGGGCAGUAUUUUUUUGUUGUCAAGCAUUGAUAUGCAAGUUAAACAUUUAUUUUAUAAAUAGCAGACAUGAUACCUUUGAAAAAAAAGAUAGAUGUGUACAUAUAUUACAAAAUUCAGUUUGCUAACCUUCUUUUGACCUUGUUUUAUUUUGCACAAACAUGUUGUCUUUCCUUCCCAGAAUAUUGUUAUUACUGUUGCUAUAACCAAUGUUUUAUGACUGUGACCCUAUACAUUCUUACGUAAGAGUAAGCCUCACUGAAUUCAAUGGCAUUUAUUUCUGAGUAGAUAUGUAUAAGAUUGCACUGUAAAGUUGGAGUCCACACUUUUCCUGGGAACAAGCCCUGCUGUACAGAGGCAGAACACAGUGGGACUUAAUUCUGAGUAUACCUUCCUCUUGUUGUGCUAUACAUUGCAGUCAGAGGUAUAAGUAGAAUAUUACUGUUAUAACUGCAUUGCAGAGAAAGUGCAUUUCACUGAAUUGUGUUCCAUACGUAAUGAUUGUCACCCUAGGUUAGGCCAACACUUCCAUUGCCCACUGUCUGUAUUUGACAUUGACUCAGGGAGACUCAUAAGCAGAUCUGGAUUGAGAGAACCAUCUCCUGUGAUUUAGCUUUGGCUCCUGAUACUCAGAAAUAUGUUUAAAGCUUUCAUAGUGGCUUCAUAAUACAAGCCAGGAUUGAAAGAACUACUUCAAACUAUUUCCUUGGGUGUGCUGUUCCCCAGUGGGAAUUUUUUCUUUGAAGAGUAGAACAUCUCCCCUCCAAUACUUCAUCACAAAGUGCUUUUGAAAUUCUCCUUUAUUUCAAAAGCAUAUUGGUAUAUAGCAUGGAGAAACACAAGGCAAUUUUUACCUUGUGCACAUGGAAUAAUUAUUCUUUUCCAACAAAUACCUGCUUUAAAUUGGGACUCCUUCCUAGUCUGCAUUGGUUUUAGAUGUUUUCUUGUUUGUAUGCUUGCCACCCUUGGCUCCUUUGGGAGGCGGGGAGGGAAACUACUACUACUAUUGCUUCUGCUACUACUACUAGUGGGUAUAGUCCACCAGGACACAAGCCACAGAGCCAUCGGUACUGCAUCAUGUCCUUAGGUUUCCAUUUUUAUUUAGAUAGCCCUUUGGCCCAGAACUUGUAGUUUUUUUGAGGCAAAAUGAGGUUUUAGCUAGUUGUUUUUAUUGAUGCCUUAUCUGCUUUUCUUUUCUUUGUAUUUUAUUGCUCUUUUAUUGUAUUGUUUUUAAUUACUGUUAGCUGCUUUGCGUACCAUUUGGGGGAAACGUAGACUACAAACCUAACAAGAAAUGAAUUGUACCUCAUUUACAUGGCCAUUUCCUUCUGCUUAAGUGUUGUAGCUUCAGUGGUUUUGUUGAUAUUAAGCAGGGUGUUCCUAAAUAUUAACAGUGCAAUCAUUUGUAUGUCUACUGAGAAGAAAGGCAAAUUGAAUUCAAUGAGACUUAUUUCCAGGUAAGUGUGCACAACAGGGGUGGGCAACUUGUGGCCCUCCAGAUCUUGCUGUACUACAUCAGCCCUAAGCAUUGGCCAAUUCAUGAUGGGACUGAUGAGAGAUGACGUUCAAAAGCAUUCAGAGAGCCACAGGUUACCCUUCCAUGGUCUAUAUGUUUGCAGUCCAAAUGUGAUAGCCAUUGCUUGCAUACCUUUGCAACCUCACAACUGUGUUUUAGGAAGAACUACUACUCCUUACUGAAUUCUCUGGAAACAUGGGUGCAACUGGUGAAAGGGGGAAUCCCUUGAUACCUUAUCUGAGUCUUGAAAUUAUGCAUCUCCGCUUAAUGCAGCAGAUAUAUGAUGUUGAACUGUUGCCUUUGUAACCCUAGACAUAGAGAUUCCUAAACUAGUGAAUAUUACAUGUUCACCAGUAAUACCAACAAGCCUUACUUAUGUGUGUAAUUUCAUAUGUUCUUUUCUUCUGCUUUCUUUCUUUCUUUUUUUUAAAAAAAAUCAGGAAUAGGUUAUGCUUCCAUAGUGAUCGUGUCGCUUUUGAAUGUGUAUUACAUCAUCAUCCUGGCUUGGGGACUGUACUAUCUAUUCCACUCUUUUACGAGUAAGCUGCCUUGGGCUUUCUGCGACCAAGAGUGGAACACAAAAAACUGCAUAGAAGACACUCUCAGGAAGAACAAAACCCUCUGGUUGUCACUGAAUACCACUAACUUCACUUCUCCUGUGACAGAGUUUUGGGAGUAAGCAAUUUUAAUUGUUGCUCUUUGGAGAACUUUAUAAGAGACAUAGAACAUAGAGUAAAAUGGUGACUGACUAAAAUUGUAAGGGGGAGUAUGGAGUAUUACCUACUUCUGUAGGAGUUUUGGAUUAUUAUUACAAAUUUUUAAUUAUUACUAAUUUUAAUUAUUGUCGUCUUAGGAUAUUUGGGUCAUGUUUUAACAUCUCUGUUUACUGUUCUGGAUUCUGCAAGGAGGGAGGGAAGAGUAUAAGAAUAAUAAAUGAAUAAGUCAGGUUAUAGAGUCGCAGAGACAGUGCACACACCUGAUAUUCCUGUUUUGAUUAUGAUUAUGUGAUUUAGCCCUAUUCAAAUAAAGUUUCAAGUUGACUCUGUGAAUGAUGGCCUUGAUUCACCGUGCAUUUUAUACAGAUAUUUAACUUAAUCAUUGCACAAGUAAUGUCAUCUAUGUGGGAGGUAUUUGUUAACUUAUUACACAGAAAGGCCUUAACAAAGAACUUUGCAUUUUACAUUAAUUUUUAAAAAUAACUUUUUAUUGGGGUGGGUUUUUUUUGCAUCUUACAUUAAUGAUAAACGUUCAGUAAUCUUAUAACUACCAUAUGCUAUAUGUAUUAACAGAUUGAGGUCAACUGCAUUGCCCUGAGCUAAUAAGUUACAUAACUCAGAAUAAUGUAUGUUGCCUUGUAAAUAUGUAAACCCCUUUAUCAUGUGUUAAUUCACUUAAGUUUGGUACAUUCAGAAGACAACAGUCCUACUGUGAAUUAAAUAAUCCUUAGGAGCUGUUACAAUGCCUGAAUUAUGAAGCCUAGUGCUCUUUAUUAGGUGGAAUGUUUCCUGAAAUCUUUAUCAGUUGUACUUGCUGAACACUAAACUUCUCAGGCAUGGUUGACUUUAUUGAAAUGUUCACCUUUGUAUGCUAAGUGACAUCUUCCUCUUAGCAGUGUUGCUGAUUGCGCAUUGGAGGCCAUCAUUAUAUCUUAUUUGAGCUAAUGGUCUGUGUAAAUCUCAUGCUUGUUUGAGCAGCAGUCAUAGGGGAUAAGCAAAUCUGGCUUUAUUUCCAGAGUCUUACCUCUUGGGAUUACAUCACAUGCUUUGAUUUCUUAGUUGUGAAGAUUUUAUUUCAUAGUAUAUGGUUGCAAACAUAAUGAAACAGUAAGAAGCAGGGGGCAAUUACCAGUAAACAAGAACUUUUAUUGUUCCCUUCUACCAACCAAAAGCUUAUAAGUGCUUAGGACUCAGCAGGCUUGGUUCAUGUGAAAUCUCAGGAAGCUGAUCACAUGCUUCAGACAUGCAAAUCUAAUAAGAGCUGAAUAAAACGAAGCAAAAUCCGCUUUUGGCUCAUGUACACUUGAUGCUAGCCAUAAAUCUAGCAAAAUGUUUUUGCUCUUUUCCUUCUUAUGAGUGAGAUCCUUGGGAACAGCUAGUUUAUUAUCCUCCAUUUCUAUUUUAAACAGUUCUUCAUCUUAGCUGAAAUGGGACACGCUUCAGAAGUUACACAACUCCCCUAGUUCUGUGUUUUGUUUACUUAUUAAAAUGGAUGUCUGUGUGAUUAUAGUGCUGUGAUAGAAGCAGGUUGCUAUCCUGUUCCCUUACCCCCCCUUAACUAAAUUUAUCUAAAAUAAUGAUGAUUGAUUUGUUUACAAUUCAAGGCAAUAUAUAACAAAGUUGGAGAGGUUUGUGUAUUUAUACCUUCCCUGCACAACAGAAAUUACUAGUUAUGAGUGGAAAUACUAAGAAGUUGUAAAGGUGGGUUUGUGGAUUGAUUUUUUUUAUUUAAAAAAAUCAGUUCUUUUCAUUAGUUUUAGAGUAGCCCCAUCAGAUUCAAAGAGCAUGCGCACGUGUACACGGCACCAAACCGGGAAGUGACCAGAAAAUGUCACUAAAGGGGCGAAAUGGAAUACUUUACGUGGGCCCCGCCGACAUGCUCAGGAGUCCAGAAUGUAACCCCUGUGCAAAGCAAGGAUUGCCUGUAGACAAAUGGAUUCAGUUCCAAGUAUUCCAGAGUGAACAGAAUAGUUUUAACAAGCUGAGGGAUAAUUAUCACUCCCAGCUCUUUGGAAGACUACAAAUAGAACAAUGGGCCUUUCCCAUGUGUCCAGUUAAUCUGUUUAAGCAACAUGGGAAGUAACAUCAUUCUGCUUUUAAAGACUGGUUCUUGUGAAGCAGCUGUUCAGUUUGUUUUAUCAUACCUUUUGUCUUGUGUCUUUCCUUUUUUUUAUCCUUUAAGGCACAACGUAUUGAGCUUGUCUUCAGGAAUUGAUGAGCCUGGUGUUGUCAAGUGGGACCUGGCACUAUGUCUCCUCCUUGUCUGGGUGAUAUGUUUCUUUUGCAUUUGGAAAGGUGUAAAGUCCACUGGGAAAGUAAGUGCUCUCAGCCUCUCCCUUUGCAAUUAUAACUGCCUUGUUUCUUGGAGCGCUGGUAUUGGCAAGUCCAAAAAGAAAAUGUUCUCUUUGGAUCCAAGUUCCUCUCAGUCCCACAGUGCAUCUCAAACUGGGGGGAAACUUGAACAAACUUCUAAGUAUGCUCAAUCUUUCCCCCACUUUUUGCUCCAUAGUUUCCAAUAGAGGGAAAAUGAGGUGUUAAAAAGGCCUGAUAAAUUCAAAACAUUACUCUGCCUUAACUUCUGUUCAAUACCAGCAGAGCAUAAUCUGCCUUUGAAUUCCACUCUCUUUACACACAUACACUUUAGGACUAUAGCCAAAAUGUUUAAAUAGGUUCAGAAAUUAGUUUUAUGCAGUGGUUUUACACACUCUCCACAUCAUCUUGGGCUUAAAAUGAUUGAAUUGACUUCUUAGCAAAGGCUAGGUUCCCAAUGUUAUUUUGAACCUUUCCUAGAAUCAUAGAAUUGCAGAGUUGGAAGGGACCUUGAGGGUCAUCUAGUCCAGGGGUCAGCAAACUUUUUCAGCAGCGGGCCGGCCCACUGUCCCUUAGACCUUGUGGGGGGCCGGCCCAUAUUUUUUGGGGGGGAAAUCACCAAAUUCCUAUGCCCCACAAAUAACCCAGAUAUGCAUUUUUAAUAAAAGCACACAUUCUACUCAUGUAAAAACACCAGGCAUGCACCACAAAUAACCCAGAGAUGCAUUUUAAAUAAAAGGACACAUUCUACUCAUAUAAAAACACACUGAUUCCCAGACGGUCCGUGGGCCAGAUUUAGAAGGCGAUUGGGCCGCAUCCGGCUCCCGGACCUUAGUUUGCCUGCCCAUGAUCUAGUCCAACCCCUGCAAUGCAGGAUUCACAACGUGGCUGAAGCCAUACCAAGCCCUGCAAAUAUGCUAGAAGUUUUAUUACUGCACCUCAACAUAUUCCUUGUUUAUCCAAGGAUGGAGGAUGCAUUUAUUUAUUACGUUGUUUCCUCUGUGAACUCUUUGGCUAGACCCACUGAAAACUUGGGAAAAACUCAGAGUGAGUUCAGAAACUCUCAUAACAUCUGGCUUCUGUUUUUGAGUUGUUUCUCCAAGGUCAUAGCUGUAGAACAUUCUUAGAUUUUUUCCUUUGUCUUUGAAUUGAUGAACAGGCCUCUUUGAUUUUCCACAUUUGUCAACAGUGUACUUCUGGAAGAUAAUUCCUUGCCCAACAAUAAUAAUUAGAUAGCAGUCAGGUCUCCUUUCAUUUUAAACAUAUGUAAAAAGAAAAAAGUACAUAAAUUUGAAUGUCCAACCAACCUCUUUAAAAAAAAAAAUAUCCAAAAAGCAAUUUGCAUAGCUCAGUGUUUGUUCUGGCUGAAAAUAUUUCUCUUACAAUUAAUUCACAUUGGCAAAAUAUGCUAGGUUGGCUUAGUUUGAAAUAAUUUCUCAGAAACAAUCUUGGGGUGAAAAAGCUGGUGAGUUUUGUUUCUUUAAGUCACUUUGAGUCACUUGUGGGGAAAAAGUGACUAAUGAAUGUAGUAAUAGUAACAGUUAAAGUUGAUAAUUGUGAUGAACAAAAAAAAAAAACCUACUUACAAAUACUUGUUUAAUAUAGAAAAGAAGGGGAAAUAACAAAGGCAAAGAUUAUAUUUAAAAGCAAAACAAAAUACUUUUGGAAGAAAAAUUCAGGAAAAAAUUACACACAGAGAAAUGUAAUUUACCAAAAGAAAAGCAGGGCAUGAUAUGGAAGGGUGUUGCAUUUAGAGAUCAGACUGGCUGCAGAAAUUAUUAUGGUGCAACAGGCUUUGAUAUCUGCCUGUUAAAUCUCUCGAGGUUCACUUAAAAGGCAGGAAGAUGCAUCUCAGGAGCUUUUAUCUUGCUAAACCAAUUUCACAAAAACAAAACUAUAUUAAAGUAGCAGAGCUGUAAUUACUGGGUGGCAUCAUCUGACCCUAUUAGCAGAAGAAAGGAACCAAAUAAAUAAAUAAACAUAAGUUUGAGGCAGAUUUCCAGAAGGCACACAUGUACUUUGGGACAAUCAUUCAGAAGUAAGCAAGGGGUACAAUUCAGCUAGGGUAAUCUCUUGUGCAUACUGAUUUUAUAUAUCACCUUCUAUUUAUUCAGUUUGUGUUACAAGACAUUCUCAGUUGAUCAUGCCCAGGUUCAUCCUUUUUCUGUGCUGGAUACAAUAGGAACAAAGUUAGGUGCCUUUGAUACAGUAGUUCUGUAUUUACAACACUGACUGGCAGCAACUCUCCAGUAUUUGAAGUAGGGGUCCCUCCCAGUCCUACCUGGAAGUGCUGGGGGUUGAAUCUGGGACCUUCUGUGGCAAAAAAAUGUUCACCAUUGAGCUAUGGCGCUUCAGAUGAUAAGUAAGGAACAGCUCUUUAUUGGGUGGGUGGUUGUGAUCUACAUGGGGUGCCACACAUCAGUUCCAGUCUUUAGUGAAUCUCCUGAUGAAGAGUGUUUAAUGAUAUUAUAAAUACAUAAGUUCUAUUGAGCGUACUAGGGAAGGAAGGAACACCUCCAGUACUCAAAUUUCACUGCUGUAUAUGUGAUUUAUUUAUUUUAAUACUACAGUCUUCAUUAUUGUGGUGAAUGCCACCUGUAGACAUCUGUAUAAUGAGAAUGAAGUGUGUUGCCUUGUCGGUCUCACUAGUGGUCCAACCAGCACAGCCCAAUGGUCAGAGAUGAUGGUAGUUGGAGAGUACCAUGUUGAUCACGCCUGACAUAGCGGUGACCUGGGGGAACUGGAAACAGAAACGUGACCAGUAUUAAAGUCAGCAUUAAAGUCCGAUAAUGUACUUUCUCUGUCAUGAUGGAUAUAUGCGCAUGCAGUUAAGGGGAACCUGCUGUGAUCCACUGAAUAAUGAAAGCUGAGAGCAAACAGGAGGAUAAGAAUUGAAGAUAAGAGAUGAGACCAUUUGUAACCUCAAAUACCAGGCGUAUACAAUUAAAAUUCUAGCUUUUUAUUAUCAAAAAGUGAUAACAUUUAUCAUUUUUAAUACCAGGUUGUGUACAUAACAGCAACAUUCCCAUUCAUCAUGCUUCUUGUACUGUUAAUCCGUGGUGUCACUUUACCUGGAGCUUCAACGGGCAUCAAGUUUUAUCUUUACCCUGACAUCUCUCGGCUAGCAGAUCCACAGGUGGGUUACUAAAAACUGGAAGUGGUGAUACUUGUCUUCCUAUGCUCUAAACAAAAUGUGAGGAGGGCAGAGGGAUGAUUGUGCAAUAGAUUUUCUUGUAAUCUUGAAGCAGUCAAAACCUAAUUGAAGAUUACCUCCAUGGUGUUAUUCCUUUCUAUCUUGUCAAAAAGGUUAUUAUUGUUAAUGUGUUAAUGCAUUUUCCAUGUGUGUAUAUCUUUUUAUAUCAGAAGGAUUCUGAGGCUUGUAGACUCUGUCCAAAUAUAGCAUCUCAGCUUUUUUGUUGAUAUUAGGCUGUGGACAAGGUAAGGGAGAUAAUUUUUGCUUCAGUCUUUAGCUCUUAAAGGCAGCAAAAUUAUGGAGCAGCGAACAGAACGGUAAGGAGCACUUGUGAGUAUUUGCAACUGUCCGUGUCAUAUGGACGCCCUUGGGGGAAAGCAGUUAAGGACAGUGAAAUAAAAUGGGAAAUGCUGAAUACCUUUCACAUUCUUUGUAGAAACUUGCUUCUAUGCAAAUGUUUGGAAGAUAGCACCCUUAGUAAAGCGCAGGAGUAUAGCACUUCCUUUUCUUUUUUUUCUCCAUCUUCAACUGCUUACAAAUUAUGUGACAGUUUAUUUUAUGAUCUGGUCAGCUACAAGCUCUACCCCAUAGCAAUGGGGAAAUGCAAAACUGUUUAAGUGGGGUGGGGGUGGGGAAUGCACAUAAGACUAUGGUAAUAAUUGUGAUACGAGCAGUGAAUGAAAAGCAACUUAUGAUACAAGCUGGAUGAAAAUGCCACUGAGUACAAUUCAUCUGGAACACUGUUUAUAGCAGCAUUGAAGUUAUGUGAGAGGUUGCUGCUUCUUUCCUGUUCUGAUUCAUUAAACUGUUCUCUGUUAGCCUAAGCCAGGGCUGGGGAUCCCCUUUCAGGCCAAGGGUCACAUUCCCACCUGGGCAGCCUUCUGUGGGGCAGGGAACACAUGCCAGCGGUGGGAGGGGACAGUUGCAAAAGUGGGUGAAGCAACAAAUGCAAUUUUUACCUUUGUACAGUGGGACUCAUUUCUACACACACAGCCCUUGCUAUCCUCCAUCCAGGAAACCAAGAGGCAUUGUCAUAGUUCAAAGACAUAUUCCAGCAAAGGGAAAACCCUUAAGGGGGAUCUGAAAUAGUGCUGGUGGUGGGUAUGGCCUUGAGAGAGUUCUAGGGGGUAGACAGAGAGGGCUGGAGGGCAGUGUUUUGCCCUUAGCCAUUUGGUGAGGUUCCCUACCACUGGCCUAAGCAGAGCGCACUAGAAGACAUAAUUGGCCACAGCAAGAAAAACCCUAAGAGGUAUUGGGAGGGAGCAUAGUGCUAUCCACCAAAAAGCCUGGGAUCCUUAAACCACUGAACUGAUCUUGAAAUGUAUCUUGUGUGUAUAUAAGUCUGCUGGGAUCUACAACGGGUGAUGCUCAAAACUGGGACUGUAUAUAUGUAAUGCUCUGUUGUUUUUGUUUAAAAGAACUAAUUGCGUUUUUAUUCACUUUUAUGUCAAAAUGUUGUGAUGUGGUAUUGAACAGCGUAGGUGCAUUCAAUGGCUAGCAUUUAUGAGCGGAUUAUUUUAAAGAGACGUCUGUUGUUGUCACAUUGUGGGGGUUGCAUAGUCUGUAUUAGCUUUAGAUAAAUGGCCGGUGCUGGUGCAAAAUGCAGCCUUCUAAUGGGCCUUUUCGUGUUUUCUUUAGGUCUGGAUAGAUGCUGGGACGCAAAUCUUCUUCUCCUAUGCAAUCUGCUUAGGUGCAAUGACUUCCUUGGGGAGCUACAAUAAAUACAAAUACAACUGCUAUAGGCAAGUUUCCUACCAAAGGGGUUUAGUACAUGUUAGCUAAUUGAUGUGUAGGGAACCAUGGGUUCAAUUUUUUUCUCCAAUUAACUUCCUCCAUGACAUAUGUGUGACUUAGGGACUGUUUGCUGCUGGGAUGCCUGAACAGUGGUACCAGUUUUGUGUCUGGCUUCGCAAUUUUUUCCGUCCUGGGCUUCAUGGCACAAGAGCAAGGGGUGGACAUUGCUGAUGUGGCAGAGUCAGGUACGAUGGUGUCGGUGGCAGUGAUGGUGGGCACUGCCACCCAGUGUGUGAGCAAAGUAAUACAAACCAAAUCAACAGCCCCUCUCCCCCUCCCCCCAAAAGGAGAUAUUUUGAAAAGUAAAAUUACUCAGCAUUUCAGGAGACAAAGUCUUAAUUUAUUUCAAUGGGUGUGACAGUUCGAAAUAAGUUGAAAACAUGCAGAAACAUAAAAUGGAAUUGAGUUUAAAAGAAAUGCCCAGAACAGAGUUAAAAAUAUGCGAGAUGCAAACAGUUUAUAAAUAUAUGAACCUCUGUGGUCGCUCUCCAUUUGCUUCAAUCAAAUUCCUAAUAGAUAUGAUCGCCGAAAGCUCCAUAGACCCACAGCAAGUGGCCUCAAGAGAUUAUAGCUGUGCUAGGAUAUGCCUUGAGUUUUAUUGCACCAUGUAUAUUUUAGUGAAGGGCCAUUGUUUUCCACGACAAGGCUGUAUAGAAACUAGAAAGAGAGGAGCCCCCCUUUUUGCACCCUUCCUGCCCUCCCAACAUAUUUUACAUUCGUGCAUAGAGCACUUCCAUAUACAGGAAACAGUGGAUUGAUUCCUACACAUAUUUCCCUGGGAUACAUGUGCAUUAAAAGAACAAUAUGUCCUUAACUCAUUUACUUUCGAACAAAGCAUGCAUACUUUUCUGGACUUGCCUUGUAACACCUGAGGAAGCACAGCAACUCAAAUUAACUAUGCCUUCGAAGCCCAGACGUGCUAGACCAAAUGCUCUUUUCAUUGUAGUCUAUGUGAACUUACUUAAAACGAUAGCACUUAGACUGGCUGGCAGCAAUUUCUGCAACUAGCUAGUAAAAAGGGUAUUGUAGAACCCCAGAGGUUUCUGCUGGUCAUAUCCAUUAUACACAUUUUAUUUUUCUCUGUGAGUGCAGGUUUGGCAAGGUUCAAAACAGCUUGAAAAGGCAAGAAAUGUGCAUCGGCAUUGGAUGUGAAGCCAUUAAAAGGCUGUGACUACCCUAAUAUUAAUGCACACCUCAGGCAGCAGACAAAGGUCACCCAUUUGGGUGCUGUGGGGAAAACUUGUACUGUGAUUUUGCCGUGCCAUAUUGUCAAAUAGAUUGGUUUUUCUUCCUAUAGUGCCAUUUUAAUAGUGGUGAGGAAUGCCAGUGAAGAUUGGUAUAUUCCCUCAAAUUUUAUUUUUCUUUAUUUAACAAACAAGGCUAGUUCUUCAAGGCAGGCAGGCAGGAAAAUGAGGGAGCUGGGAAUGGCUGUUAACAUCCCAAUGCAGAGCUUAACCCUGUUGAUUUCAAUUAUCUUAAGCAUGCUUAAGGCUGCAAUCCUAUGCACACAUAUCUGAGAGCAAACCACACUGAACACAGCAGGUUUUAUGAGUAAGCAUGUGCUUGUCAGUCUGUUGAAAGAUUGUAGCCAUCAGAUCUAAAUGUUUGAUGCCUUAGUCUUACACAGCACUUUUUAAAAUGAAAAAGUGGCUAAGGCUGAUCUUAACUUAGACUCACUUAGUUCAGUCGGACUUACUUCCAAGUACAAGUGGGUAGGAGAUCAGCCUAAGUAACUUUAUGAGCAGAUACAAUAGUUGGCCAUAGUGAGCUCCAUUGAGAGAUGAGCCCAGGAAACCAGUACUUUUUAGCUCUGUAUGCAUAGAACAGCUUGAGGUGAGCAUAGUCUCUCCCCCCCUUUUUUUCUUUUAAAAAAGCUAAAAUAUUUUCAAGGGGAAGUGGAGGAACUGGAUUCAGUUCUAUUUCCCUUCCUAAAUAACUGACUGAUGCAAUUUUUAUUUUUUUAAAAUAAUGUAUUCAGUUCCAGCAGUUGGUUCACAAGAGGGAAUAAUGUGGAUAAGACCCAUUUGUACAUUUUGUUCCUUACCCAGCAAGAGAUGUUUAUCAUGAGCAUAACCUUAAAUAUGCAUUUGCCCCAAUGCCACCAAUUCAGAGAUAAGUGGCUGCACUUAAUUUCCAUUGAAAUCAAGGGCACGUCUAACUUAAAUCUCUUUGAUUUUAGUGGGUCAUGCUCAACUAACUUUUCUGAGGUGAAGACCAUAGAUUCAGGAUUGGGGUGCCAGCAUUUUUUCAUUUUGCUGCACCGAUCUGCCUUUCCAUUCAGUUUAAUGGCAUGGAAAAUGGAAGGUAGCAGAGGCAUUCAGUGGUGAGUGACAAGGACUAAUCUGCGGAGAGAAUUCUUCUGCUGUACUUUGUAACAGAUAAAAGAAGAAGAAAAACAAAGUAGAGCUAUAAACUGGAAUGCCAGUGUAUUUUCUUUAAACAAAAGCUUGUAUGAAAAGUGUUGAUGUAAUAUUUUCAGACAUCUUUAAAACUACCCAAAUAUGUUAAACAUAAACAAUAGCGCUUUUUGGCUUUUUCAUCCCUAUAUGAUUCUUUAUUGCACCUGAAUAAGUGUCACCAAUAUAAACUGAAAGCUCAUCUCAUUGUAGUGCAUGACUGUCACGUGCCAUGGAAAUGAGCUUGGUUUUGGCUUCGAGUGGCUCAUCCACAGUGCAAAUAUGGAAUAAUCUACCAAUGAUUAUUAACAAUACUAGUUGAGGGACAUUAGCCUUAUUUCAGCCAGCAGGUUUUCAGAAUGAAAAAACAGCAGCUAUUGCUUUGUAUCUUAAAAGAAUACUGCCUACUGAUAGCAGCAAAUUGAUUCAUUAUAGACAUUGGGUAAGCUAUUAACACAAUGCAGCUACCAACCCCUUCAGAGGAAGGGACGGAGGAUUGAUUAUUUAGAUAGUCAAAUCAGUUUUUCCACUUCAUUUGUUGUGGUAUAGAAAUGCUUUUUGUUGGCAUUGAUAGAACUGUGGAGGGGUAUAACAGCUCCAAAUCUGGCCUGUGGAGCACAAAUCCCAAACCCUUGAAGGAUCUUUUGUUGGUUUUAUUUGUCCAAGGAGGGGCUGGGGGUUGCGAAAACAAAGAGAACAUGUAUGGCAUUUCCCCCCUCCUCUGUUCGUAAAGGAGCACAGGAACCGGUCAUCCCAUAAGUAUGUCUCAUUUACACCAUAAGCCCAGCUGCUCAUCUUCUAUCUUAUUCACUUUCUGCAUGAUGCGUGUAGAGUUUGACCUAUUCUUGGCAUGUUGAGGCAGAUGCUGAGACUGAAAGUGGAUAAAUAUUGGCUUUUGAUCAUUGGAGUUCCUGUUCUAGCAAUGCAUGCUUCUUUGUCAGAUAAAGGAUCCAAGUGAAUUCCAUUCUGGAAUCUUCAGUUGGGUUUUGGUUUAUCUGAAUCGAAUCAAGCAUCUGUUCUGGAGAGGCAGAGGGGGUCUUGCCUUUAAGAAUGAGCUGCUUACUUACUACAUCUUCUCCUCUUUCUCUCCCUUUAUUCCUUUAGGUCCAGGCCUGGCCUUUAUUGCCUAUCCGAAAGCUGUGUCCAUGAUGCCACUCCCAACUUUUUGGGCUAUUCUUUUUUUUAUUAUGCUUCUGUUGCUUGGCCUGGACAGCCAGGUGAGUAACCAUAGCAACAAACACAGCAUCCAUACUGUAUGAUGGAAAAUUUAACAAUGUAAUUGGGUUCGUUGCAUUUUAUGCUCUGGGGCAAAUGCAUCAUAAAUGUUGCAGAAAAGGAUUGCUUCAUUCUCUAGCAGAGAAAGGAUAACCGCUGUUAAUCAGUGUUAGCCUAUGCACUGUUUUGAAGUGUAUGAAGUGGCUAAUUAAGUUAUUUAGGAAGUUUUCAGCUAAAUCAGAAAGGGACAAAGCCAUCCUUGGGAUGUGGGGUUGAGUACCCUUGCAUGUCCUGCCUUUCAUAAGGUCUCUUACAGUUUAGCACCCUUGAAAACUGAAACCAUGGAUAAGCUCUCUAUUAAAACAGUUAGACUAAAUGUGUGGUACACAUUGGUACUGUUGUUAUUCCUUGAGGAAAUGGAUGGCUGCCCCGCCUCCCCAAAGAGACCUAUUUAUAUGACGCAAAUAAAUCUGUUAAUAAUUUGUAGGCUAUUGCUAGUUGCACAGAUGUACCAGGGAUUUAGGGGGUACUUCAUUGAGUUGGUUUAAGAAUUUAAACUAACAAGGUUCUAUUUAUUCUUUGGGAAAGUAGCUUUAACAUUAAAUAAAUCUACUUGACAGGGGCAGAAAGUUUACUGAAUUCAAAACCUCUCAUAUGAGCAGCGAUUAGUGGAGUUUUCCCUCUGGCUGUUACUCACUUGAUCUCUUAAAUUGGCAAAGCAUUCCAUUUGUUCUAAAUGGCUCUUUAGUGCUUAAUCUUUGAACUCCAGUGAGUGACUUUUAAUCACUUCCAAAUUGAAUGUUAAAACAUGCUUGGUGCUGUGGUUCUGCAACCAAGUACUUAUGUAAAUUGAGGGUUGCCUAGUAAUUUUAAGUCAUUUCUCACUGUGUCGAAUAAUUAAAACUAAUUGGAGCACUUAAUGUUUUGUUUGCUUUUGGAGCGCUGUCAGGCAGGAUUUUGGAAUGCUAGAAUAGCUUAGAAGCAAGCUAGACUAUAGUUGUAUUGCAACAGAAGAAAAAAAAACUUCUGGAAGUACUGUAUUUUAAGGCCCUGGGUUAAAGAAAGAUUUUAAUACAUUAGCUUGUGAGUUAGCCUUACAGAGCACAGUACUAGUGCAGCUGUUGCUCGUUAGCAGAAACAAAUAUGAUGUGUUAUGUGUGUAAAGAAAAUUGCUUAUAUUCCCAUGCAUAACAAACUGAAAGAAGAAGAUAGGGACUUAUUUUUAAAUACUCGGGAGGAGGACAUUCUAUGUGCAAAACCCCAGCUGGACACCACUCACAGGCUGUAACCUUGACUUGUUGAAAGGUUGAGCAAGUAAAUGGAUUCAGCUUCUCCAGUGAGAGUGCCAGCACUGUUUCCAAGGCAUGCCUUUUAUGAAAGAAUGGAACACAUUCAUGGCAGUUGUUCAGGGUUCUUUUUUCUUUCCUUCUCCGCCAGUUUGUUGAAGUUGAAGGACAGAUCACGUCAUUAGUUGAUCUGUACCCAUCCUUCCUAAGGAAGGGUUACCGACGGGAAAUCUUCAUCGCUAUAAUAUGUUUCGUCAGCUAUCUUCUGGGACUAUCUAUGGUGACUGAAGUAAGUGAGAUGAGCUGGUGUGGGUUUGCUUGGGUUUUGAUUUCAUUCUGUGAAGUCAAAUAGUACAGUGCAAGAGGGAAGCAAUCACAGUUCAAGGCAGAGCACAGGCUUUGCAUGUGAAAAGGUGCCAGGUUGAUUUCCUGCAUCUCCAGUUAAAAUAAAAUUGGGAGAACUUUUCCUUCUGAGAGCUUCAGAGAGCUGGUAGCAGCCAGAGCUAACAGUACUGGGCUGGAUAUACAAAUAGUUUGGCCUGAGCAUAGGGGAAAUUCCUUGGUACCUAAGAGAGGAGCCUGGCUCUAUAAAAUGGUUACUCUGUUGUCAUUGUUUUUUAAAGCAGAAAGAACAGUUGAGAACUGAUUUAUCCAAAUCUUUCAUUUCUCUUAAGUUCUCCAGUGGUGUCAAUGUAAGGCCAUGCCAGUUGUAGCCCUGUGUAUUAUUAGUGCUGCUUUUAUCCAGCACUGCAUUUUCCCCAAGCUUAUUCUUAUAGAAGAACCUAGAUAGCGUGCUCUGUUGUGCUGUAGAUCUGGAGUAAACAAAGCUAGAUAGAUGUGAAACAUGUGGGAAAUGGUGCAGGUUGAAGCCUAUCUCAUUAUAUUUGGGGCUUUGAAAGCACGUCAAAGUGCAAGUAGAUAAAUAGGCACCGCUCCGGCGGGAAGGUAAACUGCGUUUCCGUGCGCUGCUCUGGUUUGCCAGAAGCGGCUUAGUCAUGCUGGCCUCAUGACCCGGAAGCUGUACGCCGGCUCCCUCAGCCAGUAAAGCGAGAUGAGCGCUACAACCCCAGAGUCAUCCGCGACUGGACUUAACUGUCAGGGGUCCCUUUACCUUUACAAGAGAACCUUAUAGAAGGUGCUAGAAAAUGGAGCAGAGGGAAAUACAGUGCAUGAAAGGAAAAUAUCAUGCCAAGGGAAAAGCAGUGUCAGCCCAUAUAUGAGGGAGCUCCUUGGUAAGCAUUGCUUCCCUAUAUUUUGGUCUUGUUAUAGCAAUUUCCGUUGAACACCAAUUGUUUUCUCCCACCAUAUUUUUCUUGUGAGAGCCCAUCCUAAAAUACUAUCCUUUAGAAAGGAAAUAGCUCAGUGUUGGAGUAGAAUAAGCUAAAUGGCUUAAUUUUGGUCAAUCACAAUCUCUUUCAAAAAUGCCUUCUAUAUAAGAAAUAAGUGCAUGUUCUGGGGAGGACAACAGCAUGUGCUUAUAACUCCCCAACAGUUGAUUGACAGUUGUAUUUGCAGAUGAGUAAUCUUCUCCAGAGUGAGUCAUAGAUGUGAAGGAUAGGGAUGAAGGUCAUCUUACUUGCCACAGGUUUUCUUUGUGGUUUAUUAAUAGCACUUGUUUCUUUUUCUCUCUUGCUUUUUUUCAGGGUGGCAUGUAUGUGUUUCAACUCUUUGACUACUAUGCAGCUAGUGGUGUAUGCCUUUUGUGGGUUGCAUUCUUUGAAUGCAUUGCUGUAGCCUGGGUUUAUGGUAAGUUGUAAAUAUUUGGCCUGGUAUUUUUCCUACAGGAACAACUAAACAUUGCAGGGUCUUGGAAGAUUAGGCUCCUGGAUCCCAGGAGUUGGGAUUGUGAGGGAGGCAGAGCUAAAAUAGGGGUCGAGCUAAAAUAGGGGUCUAAGUGACAAAUAUAAUUUUUCUUACUUUGCUUCCUGAGAUGCAGUCCUUGACAGGGGGAAAAAAGGUUGCUAUAUGGCAGGCAUGUCCAACAGGUAGAUCAUGAUCUACUGGAAGAUCACUGGGUGUUCCUGGUAGAUCUUUGGCCCCUCAGAGAUCUCCUCUCCCCCCCCCAAAAGGGGGGAGGAAGCUGAACAACUGUGGCUUAAAGCUCAACAACUUUGCCUUUCAUGAAACUGAUCUGUUAAAAAAGAGAGAGAGACAUUGCACAUACUUUUGUAAACUAAGAAAAUCUUUAAUAAAAAUAGAUUAAAAAAACAACAACUUCUUUGCUUUUCCCAAAAAAGCUCGACAACUUUGGUCCAUCCAACGACAAUGGGUAGAUCACUGCCAGUUUUUUUAUACUGUGAGUAGAUCGCAGUCUAUUGGGAGUUGGACGUCCCUUCUAUAUGGGAACAGAGUUGGUGAAUGUGAAGCUAAGAAUCACUUUCCCAAUUGAAACAACAUAUUGGCUUUCUUAGGAAGUGAGCCUGAGUCCCAGCCUUGAAAAAUGAAGUAGUGUUUAUAAUACACAUUACAUUGUGAGAGACAUUGGCUGAAUCAAGCUGGAUGCGGUGGUUGGUUUGGGGAAUUUUCAAAAAGUAUCUCCCUUUUCCAAAAGCAAGAUUUUCAGGGGGCAAUUGAAAAGGCAUGGCUGGGCUUAUUGAGAGGAAAGUUAAUGGGGCUUGGCCCCCGUACCAAUGUUCCCUUUUGCUAUGCUGCUCUGUGGCAAUGAAAGUGCUGCAGUGCAGCACAACAGGGAGCAUCUGCCCAGAUAGACUUUUGCAUGUUCAUCUGAGUGCAAAUGUUGCCUGUGCCUGUGCUGACACCAUUAGAAGUGGUCUGGAACUUCAGAGGGAAGGUGGUGCAACUUCCGUUGCCUUCGGCACUACAUAGCCAACUUUGAAUGGGUCUGGCUCGCCAUCAGUUUUACAAUGUGGUGUCUUUUUAGUUGAAUCCCAUUGUGAAGGAGAAAGAAUAAGUUUAACUUUUAAAGCUGAAAAAAAAAUCCUGGACCAGUAGUAGACUGGGGAAGAAUCACUGUUUUAACAGGCACAAAGAAAGUGUAAGAUAGAAGGUGUGGGUUUUUCAGCACUCUUUUCGGGCUUCUUGAAAACUCACUUUUUAUUUCAAAACUCUGGUGCACAUAAGUGUGGGAAUCAUCCCUACUAAGGUCAAAAAAGAACAAAUUUCUUUCUGUUUGGUAUGAUGUUAGUGUUUAUGUUAAACAUAGCCUGUCUCCCUAGUCCUAUUACUCCCAGCCGACAAAUGGCUGUGGGUAAUGCAAUAAAACUAUGGUUUGCUGGAUCUGCAGCUCAUCCCCCUGGAAAUUAAGUGAUAUCCAUGUUGAUAUUUUUAGAAACUUGUUAUAAUUUCUAUUAUAAUAAAGGUUUGAAAUGUAUUACUGGUAUCUCUGCCCCCGCCCUUUUGGUACCUGUUUUUUUGUGAUGGUUUUGUUCUACAUUUGAUUUUGCAUUUAAUACAAAAGAAUUAAAAAAAUGUGGCAUAGCUCCCAUUAUGAGGUUAGAGCCAAAGCAGGCAUCUCAUCCAGGCCAGUAACAUUCCCUUUCCCUUUUGUCGAACUCUAGGCGCUGAUAAUUUUUACGAUGCCAUUGAAGAUAUGAUUGGUUACAGGCCCGGUCCCUGGAUGAAGUGGAGCUGGAUUAUAAUCACACCAGUUCUCUGUGUGGUGAGUGCUUGAAGCAGCUUGUCUAAAACAUGGUUUUGCGUCUGUAGUAGACUUUGUUGCUUUAUUAUUUUACUCCUCAUCUUCUCCAACAGUAGCUUCAUGAGUUAAGAUACUGAGUUAAAAAUGUAUAAUGUGUAAAGGAAUUGCUCCCAUGUUAAAACAUCUCCACUGGCAUUCCAUUUUUUCCCAUGCCCACAUAAAACUGCUGGACUUUUGCAUUUAAAGCCAUCAGCUGGGGAACCUAAAAGAACAUCUUUCUCCCACGUGAACCUGCCUACCAAUUAAGAUCUUUUUCAGAGGCUUUCCUGUGGACCACUCUGCUGCAGCUAACAGAAAUGACUUUUAAUGUAUUCAUAGGGUGCCCAAAUGAUGAAAUUUUCAUCCCAGAUAUCAUCAUCAUCAAUAAUAAUAAUAAUAAUAAUUUCUGUACCGCCCUUCAUUGGAGGAUCACAGGGUGGAAGGCACCCCCUGCCACUGAAGCCUUCUGAGCCUUAAGCAACAACAGUGAAUCCAGAAGAACCCCCAAGCUAUGUGCCUGUUUGCCUGGCACUCUAUUAAUUACCUUUUUUUCUCUAGGCAAAGUCCAUCCUAUUGCAAAGGAAGAAUAAGGAGUGCACUCUUAAGCACACUCCUGAAUCUUCUUUUGCAGUCACUGCUUGAAUUCAGAACGUGAAAGUUGAAGCUGGAGCUGCGAAAAAAGAAGCAUGAACACCCUUAGAGUGUGCUUCUAGUGCCUCUUUUUGCAGUCCCUACUUGAACUUCCAGUCACCUGGCUGUCCUACUCAGCUGUCAAAGUGGCCUGUGGAAGGGUUUUUAUCUUACUGGUGGCUGCGUAGAGCUGCAUUUUUGCUGCUUUCAGUUUUGUAAGCUGCCUUGAGGGCAUUUGCAGCAAAAGGCAGGCUAUAAAUUCUAUAAAUAAACAUGCAGUAAGCAGAACAGUAAUCAAGCAUUGUUUGAAGGCAUUGGAAUGUGAUGGGCCGUUGCCAUUAGAUGGUUCCUCAAGCUAUUUCAGUUAAACUUUGUAUACUUUAGCACACAGGAAGCGUGAGAGAGAAGUGGAUCUAUAAUACUAGUAUUUUGAGAUGGCUUACUCUGCAGGCUUACCAAGAAGAAAGUCCCACUGAACACAGCAAGAUCUGCUUCUGAGUAAACAUGAACAAGAUUGCACUGCAUAUUACACAAAGCCUAAAAGGUGGAAGCAUUCAUGUCAAGUGAAAAGAAGUAGGGCAGUGCUACGAUGAAUACAUCAAAGCCUUCUUGUUCUUUUUGGUGUAUAGUAGUGAAGCACAGGAGUAGCCAGCACUCCCAGUGGUGUGUCUGUACAUAGGGCUUAUUUCCCUGUCGCCUCUUUUCCUCACCCCAUCAUUACACAGCUGCCAGAAGGCUUGGUGUGCACCCCAUCAGCUGCUCCUGGUGUGCAGCAUGCUACACCUUUUCACUUUGGUUGCACAGAAUAUACAACAAAACAAGACUCUUACUGAAUGGGGAAAGGAUGCAGAACAAAUAUGGCAUCCCCUACCCCUGCUAUUACCAAUUAUUACCAUAAUCUCUAGCAGUGUGAUUCCAGGGGCAGAGGAAGCACUAAGGGGGUGUACUUAAUGGAAAGGAAGGAAUGAGGUAGAUGUUGUUUUCUGAAUCUCAAGUUCCAAAAAGGAAGUGGAGAAAGCUUUUAAAAUGUCAUUUUUCUCCCACUCCACAGCUUCUUGUAAACACAACUUAGGCAUGUGCAGAGUUAGGCAUGAAAGCAAAUAACAACAGCAAAAACUACAGCAGAAGCUCAACUUUUGUCAAGCUUAUCUAUUGUCAAGCUCGUGUUUUUUUCUAUAGACUGUACAUUCAUUGGAUACUGUAAAUUCAUGCAGCUACUAGUGUCAGUAGCAGAAAGGUGCAUACAACAAAUCUUCAUCCUGUCUGUUUUGUUUUGUUUCUUUUCCUAAUGCAGGGGUGCUUUAUCUUUUCUCUGGCCAAGUAUACACCACUGACCUACAACAAGGUGUACAUAUAUCCUCAGUGGGCCAUUGGCCUGGGGUGGAUUCUUGCCCUCUCUUCUAUGGUCUGCAUCCCGCUUGUAAUGCUUAUCCGUAUUCUACAGUCCGAUGGCUCUCUCAUUGAGGUAAGUCAACAACCUGAAAGCACAUGAGAAUGCACACUGGCCCUCACAGGCUUUUUUCUCUGCAACUGCCUUCCCAGCCUCAACUCCAGUGCUUUGCUGCAGGAUCCAGGCUAUUUCCAGUGCACAUACAUCAUUUCUACAUCUACAAAAGUUUUUCCUGGUCAUUCAUUUAAUGGAUAGGGCAAUUUUACAGGCCCUGUUAUUUUGGAGCAUUCACAAUGCUUAAAACAGGGCAUAGCAGAGUUAAAUAAGAUGCCUGUUGUUUUAGUCAUAUUUACAUUCUGGAAAAGAAUACAGGUGCUCAAUAAUUUUAGCUUCUGGACAGCUGGAACGCGGCCAGUACAGAGUGAAGUUACAAAUGCAUGGGAUUGUAAUAUUUGCUAAAAGAACUGGUGUCCAUUUACAAACCACAAAGCCCUCUCUAUCCAAGUUGAUUCCUCUAAGCCAGUACAGUAAUUUCCAACCUUUUCCAACUUGGGACCUUAUUUAGCCCAAACAUCCAUUUGAAGACACGCUUUCUAAUUUUUUCAAUCUUACAUUUGUAUGUUGGUAGUGCUGCUGUUGCACGCCAGUAGUGGUCAUGAUCAUCUAGUUAAAGAAGACCAAUAGUCUAAGCAUUAUCCAAAUGGGGGCCCUCUGCUUGCCUCUCACACCAUUUCUCAAAGUGACUUCUUUGCAAUAGUACUUACUGGAGUGGAGAUACCCAGGUAUAAAAUGCCCAGACUCUAGCACAUAGGAAGUGUGCAAGCAUUUGGUACUGUAAUAAUCAAAUGCACAGAAACAGUAACCAGGCAAUAAUAUAGACCUUUUUAUUAAUAGAUUUUUUAAUUAAUUAUCAGUUUUUAAACAACAUGUAUUUUAAAUAACAACACUCAAAUAUAUUCAUUCUAAUAAAUAGUUUACAAUCAGGCAUCAAUACAGUUAACUUACUAAUUCCUUCAUUGUGUUAUGCAACAUAUAGCAGGCUUUCCCCCCAGUAUAGGACUUCUAUUUGCAUAUAUUUGUAAAGGGGCAAGCUUCAAAUAUUUAUCCUUUUUAAAUAAAUCCAGGACUCAUCUAUUUUGCGCUAUUACUAUUUUGCCAGAUUAUAAGAGUUGCUUGAGUAGCAGUCCUCUGCUUAGUUGCUAUACUGGAAUCUCAGACAAGUCAGCCUAGCUUUUGAUGAUUGUACUUUGACAAGAGCCCUAGUAAAGACAUUAAGAUCCACCUGUGGGAUCCACAUGUUGAGUGUGCAGCCUCCCUUCUGGGUGCCGCACCAUAGAUGGGCAUCCUAGCUACAUAGUGUGCUGUGUGGAAGGAUCUAGCCUGCAUCAGCUGCACUACUGAGUUAAGAGAGCCACCUAGUGGAAGCAGUAACUUAUCAGUACCUCAGGUCCAAGUGAUGCUCACUGCAUAUUACUCACACCAGCUUUCCCCCAAACCUUUCUUCUGUGUUGCCUUCUUGUUCUUUGCAUUAUCACACUUUCUCCCAGUAACAAAAUCAGUUUUCUGAUCUCAUCUUGUCUCAUAAGCACUGGCUUGGACGUUCAAACUAAAUCCACUUCAUGGUCAUGAACCAACAUUUUUUUGCCAUUUGAACUGUGACUACAUAAGAGCAGCCCUGCCAAAUCAUACCAAAGGCAUGUGUAUUUCAACACACACACCCCCAAGUCAGAUCCUUGCAGGAAACCCACAAGCAGCGCCCUCUUUCAUUUGUUCACUAGUGACUUGAAUAACUCAGAAGCAUGGUGUCUCUGAUCCCGAGGAAGCAUACAGGCAUCGUGAUGGGUAGCCACUGAUAGCCCUACCUUCCAUCAGUUGGUCUAAUCCCUUUUAAAAGCCAUCUAAGGUGACAGCCACUGUGCCGCUGACAUUUUGCAGCAGCCAAUUCCCUCACUUAGCAACGUGCUGUAUGAAGAAAUACUCCAUCUCCUUUGUGCCAAAUCUAUUCAGUUUAUUAAUUACCCUUCACCAUAAGGUUCCAGGACAGGUUACAUCCAUUUAAAAUACAAUAUUUGAAAACAGGCUACCCAUUAAGCUCUCUUGGAUGACUCUGAGUGAGUGAGUGAGUGAGUGAGUGAGUGUGAGAGAGUGAAAGAGAUAAGUCUCUCCUCUUUUUCCACACUAUGCAUCAUUUUACACAAUGCUGUCAUGUCUUCUCUGACCUUUUUUUCUAAACCAGAAAACCCCAGGUGUUCUGAUCUUUCCUCAUAGGGGACCUGUCCUUUUCUAUACCCUUUCCUGCUCUACAAUAUUCCUCCUGCCCCCCCUUUUUUGAGAUGCAGCAACCAGAACUGUUGGCAUUGGCUUGUGUUCAUUGCAGUGCUACUGAUAAGGUGCUGUCAGCACAAGGAUUUUCCUGCAUGAUGGGACCUUCUUCCCUUGUGCCUUCCCCGAUCUUUUCUGGGGGUUGCCCCAACCCUCCAGAGCUGUUUUGGGAACAGCACAGGAGGAGGAAGGAAUUAAUGUGGGAAUCCUUGUACUAGCUUCUGCUGGUGCAAUGGGUUUGCUGAAUAUGACCCAGUGUGCUGUUUCAAGUGUGCUACAUCAUAGGUAUUGGUAUUAUAAUACUGGCAGUUUUAUUUUCAGCCCUUUUCCUAACAAUUCCUAGUAUGAUACUCAGUUUUUUUCUACAGCUGCUGCAGGCUGAGUUGAUGCAUAUCUACCAUAACCUCUCCACACACACCCCCCGUCCCUGCCGGUGAUUUUUUUUUCCCUGGUCAUCACUGCCAGUUCAGUCAUACACGUUUGGAUUCCACUAAAUUGUGUGCAUAGAACAAGGUCCACUCAUGUAAUUGUGCUUCUAUCUCCUCUUCCCACGUGCCCUUCCCUCCCAAUCUGCUCUGGAGCAUUGGGGAAGCCCCCAGAACAGGUUUAGGGGGCAUCUGGUUGGGCUUUGCUUAUGUUCUUAUAAGGAAAGGAGGGAAAAUCUCGAGCACACCCCAUUCUGUGCACACAUGCAUCCUACUUAGCCUUACAUUGAACUCUGCCAACAUUCAUGUAUCUGUAAAGUUAGGCUUUUUCACUCCAUAAGGAUCUGGAAGCCUUUUCAAAUACUAUGUUUCCCUUUCUCUCUUUCCAGAGGGUGAAGGCAGUGGCUGCCCCUCGUGAGAUAACUCGGUGGGAGAAAGAAACAGAGAGCGCUGCCCCCUUCUGCCCUCCUGGAAUGGCCAAUGGAGAACUGAUCAAGCCAACUCAUAUCAUCGUGGAGACAAUGAUGUGAGCUCUCUCUAUGAGAGGAAGACGCCUGCUUUAAAACUGCCGUUUACUAACCAUAGAAUCUCUCAUAGGACCAGGUUUACAGAGCUUUAUAUUUGCACUAGGAUUUAUUUUUAUUUCUCACAGAGAAAGUUAUUUUUUGUGUGUUCAGUUUUUAUUUUUUAAUAUUUUGUAAAGUAAAUCACAGUGGAUGCCUCUCGCUCUAUUUAGAGGCAGAGCUUUCAUAUCAAAUUAGGCACACUGCAGGAAUUUACUAAUUUUCUCUCUCUCCACACAACAUAUCUAUCUAACGCCUAUUCAUGAUACCACUUUACCACUUGAGUUGAUUUUCUUGCCAGCAAUAUAUACAUGGGCUGCAAUCCUAUGCACAUUUUCUUGGGAUUAUGCCCCAUUGAACACAGUGGGACUUACUUCUGAGUAAACAUAUAUAGGAUUAUGCCAACACACAACAUAUAUAAAUAUAUGCAUAUACACGUUUCAAAUUUCUUUAGGUGCUGGUGUGGUUGCGAACAGGGUAAAACCAAAACUUAAGAAAGUGAAUAUCUCACUGGAGGCAUUUGCUUUUUUAAUGCUUAUGUUGUUUUAAGAAACUGGUUUUCAAAGGUGUGGCACUAUCUUCCUCUGGUUCAAGUGGGGAGAAUUAAAGCAGGAAAGGGUACAUGCUUUUAUGCUUAUUGUGGUCCAUGUAAAAUAUAGAGAGAUUGUAGAUAUAUAUUUGUGUGCUUGUAAUUGGAAAAGCUGCAAUAUGGGGUGGGAAUUGGGAGCAGUUGGGAACCAAGGGAACAAUCCACGCAGCAGCCAUCUCCCGAGUACGGUUUCUGUGCGAAAAGCCUGCAAGAGGGUGGCAAGGUCAUUCCUGCUUGGGUGGCAUUUUGCCAGGCAGUACCCUCUCAGGGCCACUUUCUACAUCCCAUGAGUCCCGUCUUCCCUAAGCCAGUUCUGUGUCUAAUAUCCCAACACAGGCAGAGUUUAUAUGUAGACUUCUGAGAAAGACAUGCAGACCUUUGUGUUGCUCUACUACUAUUGUUGGUAUAGAAGGGUUUCUCUGAGAAGCCGCCUUGUGUCCUAGAUCCCUUCUUGGUUUGCUUUUUGAGACACGAGAGUAACUUAACAGGUCGGCGGAGUGGACUGAAGCAAAGUGAUGUGGGGAGUGGCCCGUCUUCCGCAGGCCGUACUCGAGAAAUGAACUGGCUUUGACUUGAAUUUUCUUAGAAAGGUAGCUUGCUGUCAAAGAGCACGUAUAGAAGUGCAGCAUUUGCAAGGAUGCUGCAAAAGCGCUGUGCAAUUCUGAAGCAUUUUUGAAACCCCAAACUUGCCAAAAUUUAUCAUUUCUAGUUCACAGAAAGGAGUGUUGGGCCUGUAUCAUUCAAAGCAGCGUAGUAGCAUAUCGGUCACUAUAAAACCUGAAAUGGACCUCUAG